AUGGCUAUGGUUGUUGCCAGUUACACUGUGAAUGGGCUGGCCAUGUACACUGGGGUUGGGUCGGCCAUUUUAAAACUUUGUCUAUUUGUUUGACCUACCUAUGGAGCAGUGUUUAAAUUAUUCACAAUAGGUCCCUUAGCUUGUCACCAGUGUAAAAUACAAGCAUUAUCGGAUAAUAUAAGUUUACCUUUGUCAGACUUGUUGCAAAUCCGUUAACAUAUGACAUUCUAGACCAGUGGUGGCGAACCUAUGGCACGCGUGCCACAGGUGGCACGCAGAGCCCACUCUGUGGGCACGUGGCCAUAGGUCGCCGGAGGGAGGGAGGGUGCGCUCCGCCGGCGCAUCCAUAAGGCGGCACAAGUGGCCGCCUUAGGGUGCACCGGCCCGGCGGGCGCAAAGCCGGAGUGACCGGCAGGAGGUGAGCGCAUAGAGCACAGCGCUCCCUCCUGCCAGGCGCUCUGUGUAGCGUGGCCGAGCGCACCGCGGUACAGGAACUUAUGUUUCCUGUACCCGGGCGGCCGGAAAUGAAGUGCUCACAGAGCGAGCACUUCCUGUCCGCCGGGUACAGGAAACAUAAGUUCCUGUACCGCGGUGCGCUCGGCCACGCUACAAGGUAGGAGCUCAAGGGGAGGGGGGACCUGAGUGGGAGUGAGAUGGGGGGGGAACUGAGGGAGAGCUAUGGGGGAACUGAGGGAGAGCCAUGGGGGAACUGAGGAGAGCCAUGGGGACUGAGGGAGAGCUUAUGGGGACCGAGGGAGAGCCAUGGGGAACUGAGGGAGAGCCAGGGGGAACCCAGGGAGUGGGGGAGAGGAAGAGAUGGGGAACUGAGGGAGAGAUGGGGAAACUGAGGGAGAGAGAUGGGGGAAACUGAGGGAGAGAGAUGGGGGGCUAAACUGAGGAGAGAUAUGGGGGGACUGAGGGAGAGAGAUGGGGGGGAGGGACUGAGGUAGAGAUAGAGAUAUGGGGGAACUGAGUGGGAGAGAUAUGGGGGGGGGAGAGAUAUGGGGGGGGAACUGAGUGGGAGAGAUAUGGAGGGGGAACUGAGUGGGAGAGAUGGGACGGAAACUGAGGGAGAGAUGGGGGGGAACUGAGGGAGGUAUAGGGGGAGAAAACUGAGUGUGGGACGGGGGGUGAGGGGGGACAACAUACACACAGCACCCCUGCCCUACACAUAUCACCCCACACAAAGACACCCACACAUCACCCUACCCACACAUCACAUCACCCCACCCACACACACAAACACACACAAUGUACCCCUCAAUGCAGUGUGUGUACACUCAGCAGUCUGUCUGUGUGUGUACACUCAGCAAUCUGUCUGUGUGUGUACACUCAGCAAUCUGUCUGUGUGUGUACACUCAGCAAUCUGUGUGUGUACACUCAGCAAUCUGUCUGUGUGUGUACACUCAGCAGUCUGUCUGUGUGUUUACACUCAGCAGUCUGUCUGUGUGUGUACACUCAGCAGUCUGUCUGUGUGUGUGUACACUCAGCAGUCUGUCUGUGUGUGUGUACACUCAGCAGUCUGUCUGUGUGUGUGUGCGUCGCGUGUGUGUGUAUUUAGCAGUCUGUGUGUGUAUUCAACAGACUGUGUACUCAGCAGUCUGUGUGUGUAUUCAGCAGUCUGUGUGUGUAUUCAGCAGUCUGCUAAGUACACAGACAGACUGCUAAGUACACAGACAGACUGCUAAGUACACAGACAGACAGACUGCUAAAUACACACACAGAGAUGUUAAUUAGUUAGGACAACUGUAUGAGUUGUUUUUUCAAAACUUAAACCUCAGUAUUCAGGUUUAAAUGCCGUUUUGGCACUUUGAGGGAAAAAAAAUUGGCAUGUAUUACGGUUUGGGCACUCGGGCUCAAAAAGGUUCGCCAUCACUGUUCUAGACUGCCAUGCAAAAAGGAAGAAAAGUAGUAUACCCCAGGAGCUGCGAUGAGGUAGCUGAGGCCUGGAUCAUAUCAUAUCAGAGAUAGCACACAGAACAACUACAGAUCCAUACAGCACCUUUACCCAGGCCAUCCCAAAUUCCACGACAUACAUGCAGAAAUCACAUGUCCUGUCACCAUAAGCCUCUGUCAAUAAGAUUUUCGAUUGGCUUAAAUAACAGCAUAGAUUUUUUUCUAAAAAUAUAACUAAACAAAUGGGUCUUAUAUAAGUUUGUGUACAGGUAUCUUGUAAUUUUGUCUGACCUAUUUGCAACAUACAUAGUUUUAAUUAUUUAUUUUUCUUUUUCUUAAAGGCAUGGAAGAGAAGAUGGUUUGUACUUCGCAGUGGACGUCUAACAGGAGAUCCUGAUGUACUAGAGUAUUACAAAAAUGACCAUGCUAAGAAACCAAUUCGUAUUAUUGACUUAAACUUGUGUGAGCAGGUUGAUGCUGGAUUAGCAUUCAACAAAAAGGAAUUUGAAAACAGUUAUAUUUUUGAUAUAAAGACCAUUGAUCGAGUAUUUUAUCUUGUGGCCGAAAGUGAAGAAGAAAUGAAUAAGUGGGUUCGAAGCAUAUGUGACAUCUGUGGGUUCAAUCCUACUGAUGAAGGUUAGUAACUGUUAAAUAUGACUACAUUAUAUAUCUACAAAAUGUUCUUUAUAUAUCUGGAACAUUCUUAUAAGUGAACAGACCUAGAGAGUAGCGUGUAGAAAGUCAACCUUGGCUUAAAAAAAAACAGUGACAUCUUGUGAUAUAUACGGUCUAUUACAUACAUGAAUGCUGCAUUAGCACCAGCGUUGGCAGGUGUUUGUUGAAAUGCUGUUUGUUGUUAUGGGUGUUUGUUGAAAUGCUGAACAUGGGGCACUGUAAUGUUUUGAAUGUUUGGAAAAUCAAACUUAACAUUAUGUAAUGUCGUGUGAGCAAUGUUUAACAGAGACUCCCUUUCCAGCAUUUGAACCAUUUGGGUGGACUCUGCCUUUAUUCUUUGCCUUUCAAAUAUGCCUAAAAGUGCACCCUAGUGCUGAAAAAAAUAAAUAUAUAUAUAUAUAUAUAUAUAUAUAUAUAUACAUAUAUAUAUAUAUAUAUAUAUACACAUAUCUAUCUAUCUCUAUAUUUAUAUAGAUAGAUAUAUAUGUGUGUGUGUAUUAUAUAUAUAUAUAUAUUAUUUUUUUUGUUUGGUUUUUUUAGUAGAGAAAAAAAACAUACUUUGGACAUAAUGCAUUACAAUAUUUAUGUACUCAAAAGGUACUGUUUCAAGUGCUAAUUUUUCUGUAAUAUGAUCCUACACUAUAAAAUAAUAUAUAUUAGCUGGCCAACUUAUUAUAUUGUACUAUAAAAAAAGAUAAAUCAUAUAAGCCGUAUAAUUUUCAACUUUCUUUAUAUAUCUAUUUUGCUGAACUUAGACAGGUAUAUUGACCCUGGAGUAGAACCUGCUAGGGCCUAGAGGUACUGUAAGGAUAGGUGAAUACCAACAUAUGUAAUACAGUGUAUUAUAGUCAUGUGCUGUGAUAGGUACAAAUACAGGAUCUUUCAUAGUAAGAUUUGAAAAGAGCAUGAGCAAGAUACUGACAAUAUGUACUUUGUGCUGUCUCCUGUGAUAACAUAGAAUGGAAGGGUAGCACUAUAGCUGCAGCUUUUCUUAAUUGUGGCCGAAGUUAAUUUAUUGAAGGUAGACCACUAACUUUUUUUGAACCAUAAGCUAUGCAAUGAGCACCCCUUUAAGAUUCUAGAACCCACUAGUAUCAAUAAGUUCUGCAAUUUCAAGCAACCUCCCAGACAACAAAAUAAAGUGGUCGACAUCUGCUUGCUUGUUUGAUAAGGGCCCCAUAUUGGGCAUGCUGGAUGCAAUGUUAUGACUUUUCUUGAAUGUGAUUGUUGACAAGAAUUGCUUUGGUAAACUUAUAUGCUACUUAUAUGCUACAAAAAAAACGCUUGCCAGAUCUGCCAACCAAACAGAUACUGACUAAAUGCAAAAAAAUAUAACACUGGAUGAAGAUUCAGAGAAAACCUCUUACUACAUUCAGUGCAUGCAUCCUAUGUAGUCUUGGAAAGAUUUUUCCCACGAUGGAAAAUCUACAUGCAAAAAGUGGUUUGAAUCAGUAAAAUGGAAAAUAUCUAGUAAUGGAAUAUCAGGAGCAAUAACCUAUUUUAGAUGUCACUAUGAAUAAUAAGAAACCAUCUAGAACAAAGUACAAAGUUGCAAGUGCAAAACAUGCUCAACGUUUACCCCAAUACAAUGUUAAGGAAACUGCUUAAAUGUAGAAAAUGGGUAAUAAAAUUUCGUAUCACUCUGGUUAAAAGACACCAUAUGUUGAAACAUCUGGCCUAAUAUAUCGUUUUUCUGCAUGUCUGGUGAUUAUUUAGGCUAGGUGAAGCAGCCAUCAUUGUUUAAUUUUUCGAAGACUGAGGCGAUGAGUAACUCUGGGUCUGUACUAGAUCCAAUCCAGCUAAAUAUUAUUUAUGUUGAGACAACUGAAGUAAAAUGAUCAUGGGGGACAGUCCUAUAGUUUGUCAGCUCAUGUAAGUUCCUCUGGAAGUAAAGUGGAGUGUAUACCAUGAAUGUAGUUGCCCAUACAAAGCAAAGCUUUACAUUCUGGUUAUCAUCAAAUAUAUAUAUAUAUAUAUAUAUAUAUAUAUAUAUAUAUAUAUAUAUAUAGCUAGACAACGUAUUAAUCAUAUCCACAAUGUAAUGUGUGCAUUAACAAUGGAUAAUGUACUUUUACAAAGACCCAUUAUCUGCAAUUUACUUGUGGGUAUUUCAUAUGAUAACUCUUAAGGUAAUACAACUGUCAGUAAGUGGACAGUUGUAUUUUUUUUUUUUUUGUGUGAGACUUUUCACUUCAAGUUAUGCAAAUGAUUCGAAGCCAGAUACAACAGCAGUCAGGCUGCAGUUUUAUUCAGCUUAUCAUUUAUAUGUCCAAUAAAUCUCUACUGUGCAGGUUUUAUUGACCAAAGGGGAGCGAAUUUGCAGCAAAUGGAGAAAUUUAAGUAUAUAUACUAUAUUGUAUUAUGUAUUAUCUAAUAAUGUUAUCUAAAAUAUACUUAGUGGGCCCAAUUCCACCCUGCAGCAUUCUUUGUGCUAAUCACAAAAAAUAUUACUGACAAUUCCUUCACAAAACCUAACAACUUUAUGUAUUCUCCAAGAGACCCAGUUAAAACCAGAAAUUACUACAUUGAACCACUUGCAAAAGGGAACAUAUGAUGACUCGCCUACUGCCCAAAUCUUUUGAAAGAGUGGCUUAAAAUUUCAAGUUUUCCAUCUCUAGUUAUGAAAGUCUUGCAUGAACUGAGUGACAUUAGAAUAUCAUGCAGGAAACAGAAUAGAAUGUAGUUUGAUUGUAUGCUUUAAUACAUGCCUUAUAAACAUCUUCUGAUUACCCGUGUUCACUAGUGGUAUAGAAUAAUCUCAUCCCUCUGUCAUAUAUUAAAGAAAGCUUGUCAGAUAUGCUUCUGCCCUUUUUAAAAUUAAUUAUAGCUCUGUUACUUUUUUUUUUAAAAGAAAAAGAAAUUCGCAUUAUAAUUUUGAGAUGUUUAUUAUAUACAUUUGGCUGGCAUUAUUUAUUACUGGCAGACAAUUUUCACAUCACUUGCUGAAGCAAAUAGCUCUGUUCUGACACCUUGCAAUUAGAGAUUUAAUGUGAAGACGCUUGUGUGGUCGAUAUUGUAGGCAAUAUUAAUAAUUAAAUAAUUGUUACUAUAUAAUUAUUUUCUAAACUGUAACAAACUGUCUUGGACAGGGUUGCCUGCCAAGCUGUGACCAUAAGGAAAGAUAUUUCAUGCUUGCCCUUACCUAUUCUUAUGCAUUCUAAAAAGGUGUGAUCUAGUCAGCAGUGAUGUUUCCUUUAUGUCUCAUAUUAUUGUUGUAUUAUUUUCAUUUAACCUAGUAGUACAACGUUUUUGUGGGACUUUUCAAUUCAAGUUGUGCAAAUGAUUCAAAGCCUCAGUGAUUUUGUGCUAUUUUACAAACAUUAUUACUAGUUUUAAUUUAUAGAGCAUACCUUUCUGUGCAUUGCAUGUAAAGAACAUUAACAUCCGCAGUGUCGUCCAUGUCAACAUGAAAUGUUCAAGCAUGUAUUCCACUAUUGAAUGACUCAUAGUAGAAGUAGAAUGUCAAAUUGAUGGUACCUUUCCUCCUGCGGCUCUCACUGUUUAUGCAGAAACAAUUACUGUCAUAAAAGUUUGUAGCCCCCGCCUUGUAAUUCCCAAAGAGACUUUCACAUUCAAGAGAGUAAUUCAAAAUGGAUAGCGGCAAGACCAAUCUCACUACUGCUCAUUCAAAAAAAAAAAAAUUCCUUUAUUGUUUGCUUUGAUAGACUUUGCAUUGACAGGAGCAUGGACUCUACAUGUUAGAAUGCCAGGGCAGCCAACUCGUUUCAUACCUUCAGGCACUUUGUCAAGACCAAGUUUAACCCUUUAAGGACCAAACUUCUGGAAUAAAAGGGAAUCAUGACAUGUCACACAUGUCAUGUGUCCUUAAGGGGUUAAGGAGAAUACAAUAGCCACCCAGACCACUUUAUCUCAUUGAAGUGGUCUGGGUGCACUGUCCAUGUACGCUUAACCCUGUAAGGUGAAGACUGCCUCUGGUGGCUGUUUCUGUGAAACUACCCUGGACAUGAGGACAUGGAGCAUCUUCAAAUCCCCCAUAGGAAUUUACUGAUUCAGUGCUUUUCUAUGGGGAAGGUCUAAUGUGCACCCUAAAUACUUGAAAUGUAAUCUGUCUGGGGUGCUGGAAGCUUCACCAUUUAAAGGAAGGGGAGCAUCACCUAAACCAUUAAAAAAGCUGAAAGACUCUUAAAUCCAUUAAGAAGUAGAUUUAAUAAAACAUCAAUUUUAGACAGCACCCUCAAAGUGAAUGCCUAUCUCUUACACGGAAGAUGUGUUGAAUAACUAGUGCUAGAAACUAUAACACAAUAUCCUAUAACUAUUAAUGUGCUAUUUUCACAAUACAUUAGAUCACUUAUUCAGCAGCAUCAUAAUGGUAAGAUUAGGUUUUUCUUUGUUUCUUUUCAAGCAAUAGAGAAAGUUAACUGGUCUUUAAGGAGUGGUGACCUGUUCCACAUGCUUUCCAAGUGGAAAUGUUUAGGAGCUACCUAUCUCCCCUAAGAUUGAAUGUGGAAUGGGACAUCUAUUUAAUUUUUUUGACAGUGCAGAGUUUUGUUUGUGCAUAUCUGUUGCAUAGAUAAAGGUUUUUGGUGUUAUGGUGUGCUGUAGGUGUUUCUUAAAUUCUUUUGGUAUCUUAACUAAUCAGGUACUAAAGUAUUCUGACGCUUUAAGAUUGAUGUAAUCAAGGAUACCUACUCACCUUAAUUUUAAUAAAUGUGAAUAUCUAUUCAAUAUCAUGAGAAUCCUAAGGAGUUGAAAGGCUUGUGUGUAUAUACCCCAGAGGAUAUCUUUUCCGCUGGGUAAUUGGGAAGGUGAGGUUUAUGUAUCUGAAUCUGUCCCUCAUGGUGGCCGCCAUCUUCUUCUUGCCAGUCCUUUUCGGAUCCUGGAGCUUCAGCUGCCACAAGCCCAUGUCAGCAUUGUUUUGGUUCAGAACUUUUGUAAGACAAUUGCCUCUGUCAUUACGGUAUUUAUUUUAUUAUUUAUUUUAACAUUAUUCUCCCUUCCCACCUUCUUGCUUCUGGUUGGGUGGAGUGGGCAACAAUCCCUGUUGACUCCCUCUUGCACCUUUGCCGGAUGCAGACAAUUCACGUGAGCUUUUGCACUAUGUAGUAUCUGGGCAUUGACAUGUUAACCCGUGGCAAUUAAUAGGCUGGGGGGAGUUAUAAUCUCUCUGCUUCUGAUGGACUAAAAAAAAUAAUGCUUUUUCUACUUUUAUCACUGACAAGAAGUGCUUUGCAGCUUGCCAUAUCUUUCAGACUAAAACAUACUUUUUAAAGGUUGAUUUGAAACUAAGAAACCUAAUGUAUUUCAUGUUGUCAAUACGAUCUAAAAUAUAAUAACUUUUAUGUGUUGGAAUGCUAGUAACGCACUAAUUGCAAACUGAAAUGCAGGUUCGUAUUGGAAAUCACAUUUUCCUGUGCAGGUAUACUGCUAUUCAACAGAACAUGCAUAGUGUGAUGCACUCACAGCACUGGGCUAUGAAGUUACAGUAGUGACUCACAGCACUGGGCUACAGUUUAGUAGUGACCCCAGCUCUGGUAAAUAUUUCUAAUACUAACCUGCAUUUUUAAAUUUUGCAGUUAAAACAAUAGCAUCAAAAAAAAAUCUAAAACUAGUACCCCCCCCCUCUCCUCCAGGCUGACUGGAAUCACAGACCAUUCAACAGGCUGUGCAUCUCCUGGAGUGGUACUCUUCUUUUCUCCUUCACUCAUAACUGACAGGCUGCAAAACAGGAGGCAAACCGUUCAUGAUUAUAGCUGGUAUUUAUUAUUAGUAGUAGUAGUAUUUAUAUAGCGUCAUAUAUUCCAUUGCGCUAUACAAUUAUAUAGGUGAAGAAUGCCCUGAGCUAACAAUCUAAAGAUUUAAGGUAGGCAGAUUUAAAUUGUAAGUUGUCUUACCCAAGGACACUUACUGGUGAGGUGUCUGUCCUGGAUUCAGUUUUCUAUUGUUAAGGAUAUCCUGGUUAUAAUUAUGCUUCCCUCCCUGCACAUGUUCAUUAAAUGGUGCUAUCGUAGCCUCUUACACAUAUACAACUCUGGGCUAUGAAAGUACGGCUUAGUAGACAUGCACAGGAAACAUAACAAUGUACAGAUGUAUUUGCUGCCUAAAAAUCUUCAUCUUACUAUGGUGUCUCCAGGUUCCACUAGUUUUCAGCUCAGUGCCAAGUACUUUCAAUGGCAGGAUUUAAGGCUUUGUGUGUGUGUCUGUCUCUCUAAAGAGGCUGCUGUCCUUUAGUGCAGAGAGAAUAAUACUUUUUUUUUUUUUGCAAAAACUAUGUAUAUUAGAGCAGAAGAAUACAACACAUGAAUUAGGCCAAAACCUAUGAAAUCCAUGUUUAGUUGGCAAAAUGUCUGUAACACAAAAAAUUGUGCUUUAUGCCAGACCAACUUAUUGAGGACUUUUUUGUUUUCUUAAGUUUCAAAAAUGAUUAUACAGCUUUUGCUUAAACCUGUAUAAAAGGUCCACUCGGGCUCCCAUUUGCACCACAAUAAUGACGUUUUCAAUGCUGUGGAUCUCAAAAUUCCUGAAAGCUAUGCAGGCUUACAUAAUUGUUUUACUCUGGUCUGACCCACAUCAUGAAACUGUUGGGGGUAGCAUUGUUGUAGAAUAUUCUGUGUAAUACUCUACCAUACCAAAGCCUUGCAGGAACAUUUCAUGGUUAUGUAUCCUAGAACUAUUUGAAUGUUAAGGUUGCAUAUUCAGACUGCAAUGUUUACAAUUAAUUAAGAGACAGAAAACUAUUGUAGUUGGAAAUGAGGGGAUUUCCAUCAUAGUAAUCAUUGAAAAAUGUAUUUCUAGAAGUGACUCGCACUGCAAACUUGUUCCCAAUUACAAAAAAAAAAGACAAAUCUAAUGAUAAAAAAAGACAAAUUUAGUAGUGCAGUGCUCUGCAACUGGUGUCACAGCACUGGUCGUGACUGGGCAGCCCCCCCAGUGCUGGGAGGAACUUUUUUCCAGUCACCUGCACCCAGCUUACAGACCAUGUGGAGGCUGGGAGGAAAAAGCAGGCACAGAAAGGGGAGGAGGGAAAACACUGCAGACUGCCUCAGACUCCCAUCAUCCCCAGUCAGUCCAGAAAACCACCCUCCUGCAUCCAAAAGGCAUGGAAGCGUGGGCUGCGCAACUUAUGUAAAUGUCAACUUGUAUUUGUGUGUGUGUCUGUGUGUUUGUUUGUUUUUUAUUAUGGUGUGCGGAAUUCUGGGAAGAUCUUUGGUGUGCUUUGCGUGAGAAAAUAUAUAUGUAUGUGUGUAUAUAUAUUUUUUUCCAACAGUUAAAUGUAUUCAUUAAAAUAUAAGCGUUUUUGGACAUAGUUUCCCUUUAACAACAGUGUUAGACGACUUCUGUUUCUGCUACUGAAGAAAAAUCCUCCCAUUUUUAAACCUUGAAUACACACUUCAAAUACUGUUUUUGUAUAUUUAUAUUUAACUGAAAAUGUCUUGCCUUUUUUACCUUUGCAGAUGUUGUGAAACCACACAGCGUUCCUAUGAGUGUGCCCACAGAGGUUCCCUUGCCUGUAAGUUCAGAACCUUCUAGCCAAUCAUCACUCCAUGGACCCCUUCCUCCCCCCUAUCAGCUUAUCAACGUCCCAUCUUUGGAACCUUCCAUUAGCCAAGAAGAUCCCCAGGACUACCUUCUAUUAAUCAACUGCCAAAGCAAGAAACCAGUUCCCUUUAGGUAAAUCUUUUUACAUUUAAUCUUGCAUUUGUAAAAAUGGUUAUAAGUACUUGUAGGUCAUUUCAAUACAAAGGUGAUUUUUAUUUUAAAAAAUUGCGUGGGAGGUGGCUUUUUAUAUAGUUUAAGGACAUAGUUUGGCUCUGUAGUGGAGCCAUGUUCACAUGUCCCUUUUUGCUAAGUGUGGUACUAUGUGUCAUUUAGUUAGCUGGCUAUACGAUCUAGUUUGGUCAUCACAGAGGCAGGCAUAGAGCGCAAUAAUGCCAUUCUUAAAGAAACGGCAGUGGUUUACAUUGUCUGUGCAAAAGGGGUUAUGGUGCUUAGUGUACCUGUAAUAUCACAGCUCCAAUGCUUCCUUUUUAAAUGAGUUGUCAAUGAUGCUUGGUCCUGGUUCUAUCAAGUAGGUGGAAGGUUUGAAAUCUCGCAUAACGAAAUCAUGCAUAGAUCUUCUGUUGCAAGUCCUUCUGUCCACUUGAUGGUACCUGCCCCCAUUUUGCAAAUGGUAAUGUUAUUAGUCGAUAUUGCUGUAUUAUUUAGGUUUUUAGAAUACUUCAGUAUGUGAUAUAUUAUAUUUAUUUAUUAUGUGUUAUAUAUUUAGUGGAAGUCAUUUCUUUUUUUAACCUGUAUUAUUUUAGAAAACUUUGUUUAAGGUAACACUUCAAGAACCAUGAUCACUAGAGCUUGCUGUAGUUGUUACGUGAUCACUAGAGCUUCCUGUAGGUGUGCUAUGGUGCCCCCCCUCAUGAGAACCAAUUUAGAACUGUUUGACUUAUGAGGUUCACCAGUCAUCGCUCCCCAUUUUCCUGUUAAGAGUUAUAUUAGUUCCAUUAGUGACCUGCAGGGUCAGCUCAAUGGUUGAGAGUGUCAGCUGAUUGCUCUCAGCCAAUGAUCUAAGCCUUGCACUGCCGUGCUUUGCUUGGGCAGAGAGCUUCAGGCUCACAUGCAGGUUAAAUAGAGGCAGGAGGUAGCACCCAUUGAUCCCCAGGUAAAAUGUCAGACUGUUCUAGAAUGGUUACUAGUUACUAGUUGGGAUGGUGCAAGGGCACCUUUGGCACAAGAACCACUACAGCGCACAGUAGUGGUUAGUGUGCUUGGAGUGUUGCUUUAGAAACGUAUUUUGGGGUAUUUAAAUAAGUUAUAAUCUUUCAGGAAAAAUGAAUGACCUCAUCUGCUAAAUCUAUUUUGGCUACUUCACUGCUGUAGUGGCAACUUGCUGUUAAUGGAUGCAGCUCGGAAGUAACGCAAACAUGCAAAUAAGUGACAGUCUCUAUAAACCAUAGGGACUCACUAUGGAUUCUUAUUGGGAAAAUAGCAGAGAUACCUUAACAAAGCCCAGUGAAUAACCCUCCCUUCCAAAAUAAUAAAUAGGUACUGGUAUAUGGGUUGAUCUACAAAUUGUGCCCUUUCUUUCUUGUGCUUGGGAAUGAAGGACAUUUAAUAGCUGAGUGUGGAGCCCUGUUGCCCCCAACUCUUUCCACCAUGUAAAAUUCCAAUGUCCACUGCCCAUGAGUUGGGAGAAAGUGUAGUGGUGGUUGUUAUUGAUUACCCUCCACCAUUUCUUAAGAUGGAUAAAGAGGAGAGCAGUUUUUUUAAAUCCUCUUUACUCUUAGUGGGAUCCCUCUGCCUAUACAAAAAAAUUCUGCUUUUGAUAUAUUUUUCUUUCGUACAAUCUAAUAGUGAGUAGAUCACCAUGUUUUUAAAUGAUACUUAGUACUCUACAACAUAUGACAUUUACAUUUCGACAUUUACAUAAUUUUUCAUUCUUAUAUAAUCAUUUGCAAAUCAGGAAAGAUUCUUCAUCCAUAGCAUCAGAAGACGAAUAUCUACUACUAGAGGAUUUUGAAAGCAAAAAGGUUUCUUGGCAGUGAGUGUUUAGUGGUUUAACUGUGAGCCAUAUUGAAAAAUUCACAUUGCAUGGAUAUUGGGUGCUGUGAAAUGAACAUUCAUUGGGUUACAUUGGCUUUUUUAUACUAACUCUCCAAUAUUACAUUUAAAUUCUACUGCACUAUAUAGGAUUGAUUCUUCCGGUUUAGUUUUUAACAAUAUUACAGUAGGGAUUGUACCUAAUUGGGCGUUUCAAGGGCAGGGACAGCUUGAAUCCACAUUAGGCAACAUUACCUUGCCUAAUAUGCAUUGCAGGAAAUUGUCCAGUUCUGCAGGUCAAAAUGUGAAGAAUGUAGCUCCUCGUUUAAGUUCUUUUUCCAAAGGGACUACUGAACGCAUGCUAUUUUCAUGUAUUGUACUGCCACAAACACUGGAAGAUAAAGAGGCUCUGGCACCAGGAAAAAAAUGGAGCAUUUCUCAUUAAGACUGAGUUGGAAUUUCAUUGCAAUUCCAAUACAGUCAAAAGAAAUCAUAAGACUAAUUAGGGACUACUUUGUCCUAUAGCCAACUACCACGCUCACAAUACUAGUUACCAUUGUCCAGUUUUGUCACUUACCCCAGCAGUCGAUGGUGAUAGCUGUGAUGACUCAUUAUCUUGCUCAUUGCAAGAUAAUAUAUAUGAAAAGUCUUGCAGGAUUCUUCAUAAACAUCAGUGUUGUACUCUGGUGCAUGCGUGACAGUACAGCACUGAUGUGGGCUUAGGAAGAUGAAGCGCCAGGACUUGAAGAAAGAAGAUGGUGGUGCUCAAAUCAGACGGCAUCAGGUAAGUACAACUCACCUGCGCUGUACCCCUUUGCCACUCCAGCCUAAGCAGCAAUGUCACCAAAAUAUUCAAAGUCCUCAGAAAUUGGCAGAACUGCUAAAAAAAAAACCCUGUUAUUUUACAAUUUAAAUGCUCUCAUUUGCCCUGUUGCUUCCCCUUCUCCUACCAACCUGUCUGCCUCAAACUUUGCAACUCACUUCACUGAGAAGAUUUCUACAAUCAUGGAAGAGAUCUCUAACCUCUCUCCCUCCCCUUCCAAUACAUCACCCAACCCCACUCACUCCACUGUUCUAUGCUCAUUCGCACCUACUACAACAGAAGAGCUUUCUGCUCUGCUCCGGUCCUUCCACCCCACCACCAGUUCCCUCAAUCCUAUUCCCUCAUAUCUCAUCCGCACUUUGUCUCCCUCUCUUGCUGUUCCUCUCACUAAAAUUUUCAAUCUCUCCCUUUCCUUCGACACAUUUCCUUCACACUUCAAGCAUGCAACCAUAAUUCUGAAAAAGCCCAACCUUGAUCCCACAUCCAACUACCACCCUAUAUCACUACUGCCAUUUACCUCCAAGAUCUUUGAGAGAGUUGUGUAUGCGAGAUUGACAGACUUCCUCGAAUCCAGCUCUCUGCUUGACCCACUUCAGUCUAGAUUCCGCACUCUGUUGAAACAGGUGUGACCAAAGUAUCCAACGAUUUAAUCGCUGCUAAAUCUUGCGGCUAUUACUCUAUCCUAAUUCUCUUUGAUCUUUCUGCUGCCUUUGACACUGUUGAUCAUCAACAGCUUCUUCUCAUUCUCCAUAAUCUCGGUUUACGAAAUACUGCUCUUUCCUGGUGCACCCCCUACCUUUUCCAGCGCCUUUUCAGUGUUUCUUUCUCUGACUUUGCCUCUUCUCCCCAACCCCUCUCUGUUGGCGUUCUGCAAGGUUCUGUCCUUGGUCCCCUACUGUUCUCCAUCUCUACUGCCUCCCUUGGUAAACUCAUCAGCUCCUUUGGCUUCCAUUAUCAUUUAUAUGCAGAUGACAUGCAAAUCUACCUUUCCUCUCCUGAUCUCUCUCCGCCCAUCUUGACUCGUGUCUCUGACUGCCUCUCCGCGAUUUCCAACUGGAUGGCUGCUCACUUCCUUAAACUCAACCUGUCCAAAACAGAACUUCUGGUCUUUCUUCCCUCAAGUAUUGCUACUCCCAUGUCUGUCUGUCUCCAAGUCAACAGCACCACCAUCACCUCUACCUCGCAGGCUCACUGCCUAGGUGUUCUGUUUGACUCCAACCUCUCCUUCACCCCUCAUUUCCAGUCGAUUGCCAAAUCCUGCCACUUAAAUCUCAAAAACAUAGCUCGGAUCCGCUUCUAUUUAACAAUAGACCCGGCUAAGGUGCUGGUCCAUGCCAUUGUUCUUUCUCGCCUUGACUACUGCAAUCCCCUUCUCAGUGGUCUUACGUGUUCCCAUAUUGCACCACUGCAAUAUAUAAUGAAUGCGGCGGCAAGGCUCAUUUUCCGGUCCGCCCGCACCUCCCACGGCUCCACCCUUAGUCCCUACAUCGGCUUCCAGUUAGACAUAGGGCUCUGGUGCUUGCUUACAAGUCCCUACAUAAUGCUGCUCCAACCUACCUAUCCUCUUUAAUACACAAGUGUGUCCCACUGAGGCCUCUGCGUUCUGCCGAAGACCUACGUCUAUCCUCUGUCCGUACUCCCACAUCUGAUGCUCGCCUCCAAGACUUCUCCAGGGCUGCAUCUUUUCUGUGGAACUCUCUUCCCUUCUCCGUAAGACUUUCACCCAGUCUCCACUCCUUUAAAAAAAAUCUUUGAAAACACACUUCUUCAGGAAAGCAUAUCAUUUAAACUGUUAGCAGGUUUUCAUUUUCCCUCCCCCCACCCUCCAUGACUCCUUUCCUGCAACUGUCAAAAAUAAGUUCCCAGUGAAUAAAUUUCUAGCAACUUCUUUCAUUACCCCUACUUAUACCAUUUGUGUCACUAUUCCCCACUCCCCUAUCACGAAAGCUUAUUGAGCAGGGCCCUCAACCCCUCUGUUCGUGUGCGUCCAUUUGUCUGGUUACAAUUACGUGUCUGUUAGUCCACCCAUUGUACAGCGUUACGGAAUUUGCUGGAGCUAUAUAUAAAAAAAAAAAAAUAAUCGAAACUACUGAGCAUGUCUAAUGUGCUUUUCAUGGAAAGAAGAAAACUAGCUUUGGGCCAGAUGUAUCACAGAUUUUUUUUUUAUAAUGCAGCUACCCUACAGCAUUUAUGACCUGUGCUUGGCACUGGUUCCUUAGCAUUGGUAGUAUCUCCUGCUAUACAGGAGCUCUUCGUAUUCGUUAUUUGUCCAAACUAAAAAUAUUGAACAUAGGCUGACUCAGGAUAAUCUGGAGACUUUCCCGAUUGUCUAACACCAGCAUGUUUGUGAGAUUUGUUUGUUGGAGGUACUAACAGUCAUGCUUGGGACAUCAGUAGAUAUGCACUCUUUCACUGCAGGUAGGCACGCUAAUUGCUGUUUGGCAAUCCACUUGUUUUUUCACAGUAUCCAUCUACUAUAUAAGAAAAACAAUAUAUAUAUAUAUAUAUAUAUAUAUAUAUUUAUUUAUAUUGUGUAUGUGUGUAUGUAUAUACACACAACGAUCACAUUAAAAUGCCUCUGGAGAAAUACUAUAGCUUCUGGCAAGGAAAACAUGACCCUGAAUCUCUUUUAUAAUAACUUUAGGUAGAACAUAUAGUAUAUUUGUAAAUGUACCCUGCGAUGAGCAAAUGAACAGUUGAAAAUGCUGGCUUUGGGUGGAGAUUAACAAUUAAUAUGCAUAUCAUCCUAUAAAACGUAUCUCAGUUGAUCUCAAUGGUUUGUGUAUUUCUGCAUGCAAGCUCCCAACAGUGCAGUUGUACCUAUCCCACAUUGCAUUGUCAGUGGCAUACUGAUAUAAAACUUUUAUGUUGCAGCAUUAAUUAUUUUUUUUUAUUUACAGUGCAACCAUCUCAUAUUUUUAACAAGAUAUUCACUUUUCUAGUGCACUGCAGUUUGCAAACACUUUAUGCUUAAUAAAAUCCUCACUGACAAAGAGACACUUUAGGGUUGGAAGUGACUCUUGAUUUUAAUGCAUUGGAUUAAAAAUAAAACUAAACAAUAAGGAAUGGAGACAGGAUAAAUGAUAGUGUCCUGCAGAGUGGUAGUUGCCUCGUUAUAGAGGGGUGACCUUGGGAUAGGUUGGGCUCGGGGAGAUCACAAAAGAGGAAAGAUAAUUAAAACUUCACUUUUAAUGUAAAUAGUUAAAAGGGGGGUAUACAAACACAUUUUAGUUCAAAUAACUGUUGUAAGAAAUCCUCAAGUGAUACAGUUACACUGCCUGUUAACAGAGUGAAAUGCCACUGUGGGAACAACAGCUACAAAUUAGUAGUGUCAAUAAUGUAUCGAUAUACCAGUGGGCUCAAGGAAAAAUAGCCAAGUCCCAGUGAGCUGCACUGAAGCUGUUAACAAAGCUGAUAACAAGGUUUACCAAAACUGCAGUGUCUGGACUCCAAAACAAGCUUGAGAGUGCCAAUAUACUGCAGAAAAGAGCAUCUCAGCCAGUUCCUGCAGAAUCUACCAGGCAACAUUUUGCAGUUUGCACCUCCUAGUUACCAUACUGCAGAUACUCCCACCAGCACAUACCUCUAGAUGCUAUUUCUCACGGUCGUUAACACAGGACCCUGUCAUCAUUUCUGAGAUGCUCUUUUCUGCAGUAUACUGGCACUCUCAAGCUUGUUUUGGAGUCCAGACACUGCAGUUUUGGUAAACAUUGUUAUCAGCUUUGUUAACAGCUUCAGUGCAGCUCACUGGGACUUGGCUAUUUUUCCUUGAGCCCGGGUACUGGUAUAUCGAUACAUUAUGGACACUACUAAUUUGUAGCUGUUGUUCCCACAGUGGCAUUUCACUCUGUUAACAGGCAGUGUAACUGUAUCACUUGAGGAUUUCUUACAUCAGUUAUUUGAACUAAAAUUUGUUUGUAUACCCCCCUUUUAACUAUUUACAUUAAAAGUGAAGUUUUAAUUAUCUUUCCUCUUUUGUGAUCUCCCCGAGCCCAACCUAUCCUAAUCUCACCCCUCUAUAACGAGGCAACUACCACUCUGCAAGACACUAUCAUUUAUCCUGUCCCUUCUCCUGUCUCCCUUCCUUAUUGUUUAGUUUUAUAGUGCAUUUCGUUGCACUAGGGGUUAACCCCCACUCUGGAGUAAGAUUAUUGUACUAUCUUCCUUCCCCUUGCUUGUUGGAUUAAAAAUAGGCACAAAAAAAAUAAUAAUUAAAGAAAGAAAAAGCGGAAUAUAUAAAAUAAACAAACAAUACAGUUACAUGUCUUAAAGCUGCUACAUUUGUACAGGCAGGUAAAUGUUUGUUGGCAGUAGACUCUAAUUCUGAUCUCUAUUUUUAUUAUCUUCUCAGCAGGAAGAACUUGCAUAUCCCAUAAGCCAUAAAACCUGGCUUCAGCUACUGUCCUACUCACCAAAUCCUAUGAGUGGAACUGCUGUGUAAGCUGUUAACAGUGCUCACCUGUGGAGGGCAGGCAUGUGCAUUCAAAGCUCGCACAACUGUCUAAGAAAUGGUCUCACCCUCUUUAAUAAAAUAAAAUAAAUUCUUAUUGUUAAAAUUUUAAAAAGUGUUUGUAAUCCGUGGUGCACUUGGUAGUUACUGUUACCCCUGGAAUAUGUAUUUAGAUCUCUUUUGUCAUAUAUAUUCUUUCUUUAGAUCACAUAUAGAUUCUGCAAAGUCAACCACAUCUGAAACGGACUGCAAUGACAACGUCCCUUCACACAAAGGUUCCAAAAAUGCAGUCAACGGGUACUUCCAGCAGCCUAGUGUUUAUGACUCUCCAUCUCGCACAGGCUCAACCUCCACAGAAGCCAGUUUCUAUAAUCUUCCCAGAAGCUACUCUCAAGAUGUUUUAACAAAAGCUGUUUCUCCAUCUGGUACAGAUGCAGAAGUGGAUUCAAAUGUUUUUAACAUGUCUGGGGCUUCCCUGUUAGAUGGACAGUUUAGGAAUUUAUCAAUAAGCUAUGACAUCCCCUCUUCAUCUGCAAGUUCAUACCAAAUACCCAGAACGGUUCAUGAAGGCUUUGUGGGGCAACCUUCAUCAAAAUUAGAGACUGUUUCAAAUGUUCCACCACCCAGACCUCCAAAACCUCAACAUUCGUCAGAACGGUCCCCAUGUGAGUUUGGUCUUACCCGCACUGCUUCAGAGACUGACAAUAACUACUGUGUUCCUUCAUCUGGAAUAUCGGCGCCACGUAGUAAUACUAUUUCCACAUUAGAGUUAAGCAAAUAUAGGAAAGGUAAGACUUUUUGUUGUUCCCACCUAUAACUACCUGGCUUUUAAAAAUACUCUGUGUAUGAGUGUGAUGCUACCCAGGGCCGGCCUUAGGCCUUCAGGCGCCCUGUGCGAAAAAUCUUAACAGCCACAUCCAUGUGUAUAGGGGAUUUAUUAAAUGAAAAUUUAACAAUUAACAAAUAUUUAUCACCUCUUCCCUGUCAUUACCUUGCAUGGAGGGAGGGCAUGCUGAUCUCUGGUGAUACAGUUUGCUGGGAAUAUGGUCGGUGCCUUCACUGGGUGCAGACCAUCAGCAACUGUCUCCUGAGCUCAGGCACUUACAGUAUCAGAGCUUUCCUGUGGUAAAACGUUCUGAUUGGCCGGAACUCGGAAGACAGCUACAUUUAUCAUGUGUGUGUCAGACGUGAUUGUGUGAUGUGUUCUCUGUGUGCCAUAUUUGUAAUGGGUGUAUUGACUGUGUCUGAUAUGUGUGUGUAUUGACCGUGUGUGAUUUUUGUUCACUAUAGCAGUAGAUAAGGGGAGCAGUGUCACUAGGGUAGACAGGGAACAAUGGCAAUAUAGGGGGAGCAUGGGCACAAUAGGGAUGGAUAAGGAGCAUGGGCACUAUAGGGGUAGAUGGAGGGAUCAGGUACACUAUAGGGGUAAAUGGGGAAGCACUAUAGGGGUAGAUGGGGAGCAGGGGUGCUAUAGUGGUAGAUCGAGGAGCAGGGGCACUAUAGAGGUAGAUAGGGGGAACUAUAGAGAUAGAUGGGGAACAUGGGUACUAUAGGAGUAGAGGGGGCACUAUAGGAGUAGAGGGGGCACUAUAGGGGUAGAGGGGGGCACUAUAGGGAUAGAUGGGGAACAGGUGUACUAUAGGGGGAGCAGGGGCACUAUAGGGGUAGAGGGGGAACAGGGGUACUAUAGUGGGAGCAGGGGCACUGUAGGGAUAGAUGGGAACAGGGGUACUAUAGGUGUAGAUGGGGGCACUAUAGGGAUAGAUGGGGAACAGGGGUACUAUAGUGGGAGCAGGGGCACUGUAGGGAUAGAUGGGAACAGGGGUACUAUAAGGGGAGCAGGGGCACUAUAGGUGUAGAUGGGGGCACUAUAGGGAUAGAUGGGGAACAGGGGUACUAUAAGGGGAGCAGGGGCACUAUAGGUGUAGAUGGGGGCACUAUAGGGGUAGAGGGGGCACUAUAGGUAUAUAUGGGGAACAGGGGUACUAUAGGGGUAGAGGGGGCACUAUAGGGAACAGGGGUACUAUAGGGGUAGAGGGGGUCACUUUAGUGGUAGAGGGGGAACAGGGUUACUAUAGGGGUAGAGGGGGGCCCUAUAGGGAUAGGGAGCACUAUAGGGGUAGAUGGGGAACAGGGUUACUAUAAGAGUAGAGGGGGCACUAUAGGGAUAGAUGGGGAACAGGGUUACUAUAGGGGUAAAGGGUGCACUAUAGGGGAAGAGGGAUAGAUGGGGAACAGGGUUACUAUAGGGGUAGAGGGUGCACUAUAGGGGAAGAGGGGGGCACUAUAGGGAUAGAUGGGGAACAGGGUUACUAUAGGGGAAGAGGGGGGCACUAUAGGGAUAGAUGGGGAACAGGAUUACUAUAGGGGAAGAGGGGGGCACUAUAGGGAUAGAUGGGGAACAGGGUUACUAUAGGGGUAGAGGGGGGCACUAUAGAGAUAGAUGGGGAACAGGAUUACUAUAGGGGAAGAGGGGGGCACUAUAGAGAUAGAUGGGGAACAGGAUUACUAUAGGGGAAGAGGGGGGCACUAUAGGGAUAGAUGGGGAACAGGGGUACUAUAGGGGAAGAGGGGGGCACUAUAGGGAUAGAUGGGGAACAGGGUUACUAUAGGGGUAGAGGGGGGCACUAUAGGGAUAGAUGGGGAACAGGGUUACGAUAGGGAAGAGGGGGCACUAUAUAGAUGGGGAACAGGGUUACUAUAGGGGUAGAGGGGGGGCACUAUAGAGAUAGAUGGGGAACAGGAUUACUAUAGGGGAAGAGGGGGGCACUAUAGGGAUAGAUGGGGAACAGGGGUACUAUAGGGGUAGAGGGUGCACUAUAGGGGAAGAGGGGGGCACUAUAGGGAUAGAUGGGGAACAGGGUUACUAUAGGGGUAGAGGGGGGGGCACUAUAGAGAUAGAUGGGGAACAGGGGUACUAUAGGGGGAGCAGGGGCACUAUGGUCUCACUUACCAGGCAGCAGAUUCAGGCCUCGGUUAGCUCCGCCCCCGCCGACCACUUGGCUCCCCCCCCAUCGGCUGCUUGGCUCCGCCUCCUACAGUCUCUUUCGCUGCUAAGCCCUGAUAGAGGGCAGGGGGUGUGCAAGCUGUCAGCCAUAGGGCGCCACCUGCUGCCAUGGCGCCCUGUGCGGCCGCACAGCUCGCACACCCCUAAGGCCGGCCCUGAUGCUACCUCUAAAGUUAUAUUAUCGUUUGCUGCUUUAUGAAAGUUGUCUUAUGAUAUGGAACACAUUAGUUAUUAUGAGAACGUAAGUUAGUAUUAUCACCCAUGUUCACUGUUUAAAAGAUAUAUUUUUUUUUCUUAAAGUUUUGCAAUAGUGCUUCAAAUGGAAGAAUGCAUAAGCAAUUUGUGUGCACUCUCAAUGCAUUACUUAUAAAAAGUUUACCACUUAGACCACGUGGUCUCCUAUUCUUUUGAAACUUAAAAGAUUAAUGGGCAUGCUUAGUUGCAUUCCUAAAAACAGAUUAUGCUAUGUUGUACCGUGAUAAAAAAAAAUAAAAAAAAAUAAACAUUUAUUUUUUUUACUGUUUCUUAAAACAUUGUAUGUUUCUUCUCUGUUUCUAGAUAUGAGUUCUCAAGAUUUCUAUGAUAUACCAAGGCCAUUUACUAGUGACAGAUCCAGCUCACUUGAGUGCUUUCACAGCCAUUUUGUAAGUAAAAGAGCGUGCUACUGUGCAUCAGCCAUACAGAUUUAAUUGAUUUUUUUUUAACUCAUUUUCUUCUUUUGCAUAAUUAAUAAAAUUUUUGAAUCUUUGUAUUCCUUACAGUAAAGUGUUCCUUUAAACCUGGGGUCCUCAAACUCCGGCCCCCCAGAUGUUGCUGAACUACAACUCCCAUGAUUCUCUGGCUAUCUAUGUAAUUCAAAGAAUCAUGGGAGUUGUAGUUCAGCAACAUCUGGGGGGCCGGAGUUUGAGGACCUCUGCUUUAAAAAAUGUAAACAAUGCUUAACACUUACCCAUUUCCAGUUUCAGCAGACCAUUCUGUGUCUCUGCAGAUUUUGUACAUGCAUCUAUCACCUGUUUUGGUAACCCUGCUUGAACUGAAGCUUACUGAAUACAUUUCUUUCUAAAAGUGCUACUUUGAGCAUACUUUAUUCAGGCCUUUACAAAAAAAAAUAAUGGCUAUUAAAACUUUAACAAAAUUUACAUUCUAGCACCAAGUCUUGGCAAAAUAAUGUGUUUGAAAAUGAUUAAAUAACAGGGUGUAGUGGAUCUUGAAUACAUUUUCUUUCAUUCCAGUACUUGAUAAAUUUCUUCUUGGUCAUAGUUUACAGUGAAUUUGUGUACCUCCAUGUCAUUACCUGUUUAUUCAAGUUUAGCGUUGAUGGCUAUUACAAAAUACUAGUGCAUAUAUAGCAUGUAUCUUUCUUUACAUCAAAACUAUAAGUACAGAAACAACUUUAGUUUAAUGGACAUGAUUUAGUGUGUAGGUCAUGCCCCUGCAGUGACUGCUAAAUUCUUUGUCAUUUAGAAGUUAAAUCACUCUAUUUAUGCAGCUCUAGUCACACCUCCCUGCAUGUUCCCCUACAAAUUUACUGUAAAGAGAGAUCUAAUGUUUAAACUUAAUUUAUUUCACAGUCUGUUUAAUGUAGAGUUUAGUAUCCCCUGUUCUGUUAGUAGCCUGCUAGAGCCUGCCAGAGCCUCCUGUGUGUGAUUAAAGUUCAAUUAACGCAAAAGGAGAUUUGUGCUGUCAGAUCUGAUUGAAAAUAAUUUAUAAAAAAACACAGCCAGGGAGGUGUGGCUAAGGCUGCAAAAUGAAAAUAAAAGAUAUUUAACUCCCAAAUGGUGCAGAAUUGAGCAGUGAGACUGCACGGGAAUGAUCUAUACACUAAAACUGUUUAAUUCAGCUAGCGUUGUUUUGGCGCUUAGAGUAUCCCUUUAAAAAGUUGGAGCCUGCUAAUGAUGAUCCGGCUAGUGGUGGUGAUUAAUUGACCUUAAUUGCUUUUUACUCCACAAUGUUGGUUACAGACCACCAUCUGUAGGAUUGGAAGUUUACUACUGUUAUCAGACAAAUGAAAGAAUAAAUAAAAUAAUAAAAAAAUAAAUAUAUAUAUAUAUAUAUAUAUUUUAUAUGUAUGUAUGUAUAUAUGUAUUGGUUUUCUUUUAUUUUGUAAAAGAAAAAAAGCCAACCUCUUUUUUUGUGACUUAAAACAACACUUUCAAAAAAACACCAAAACAAGUUUUUAUUGUAUUGUAUUGUAUUAAUUUUUUUUUAAAUUUAUUUAUUGUUAAAUUACCUUUUAAUGUAAGACUGCUGGAAGUAUUCUAUCCUUACUAGUUAAAGCAAAUAUUCACCUCAGCAGAUAUAUCAUUUUUUAAUAUAUAUUUUUAUUUUUGUACUACAGAAAAACAAAAGCAUGUUGGCAGUAGGAAGUUUUUCCAAUGAAGAAUUAGAUGAAAACUAUGUACCCAUGAACCCAAACUCUCCUCCUCGACAGCAUUCCAACAGCUGUACUGAACCCAUCCAGGAAACUAACUAUGUCCCAAUGACUCCAGGCACGUUUGAUUUUUCAGCGUUUGGAAUGCAAGUGCCACCUCCAGCUCACAUGGGUUUUAGAUCCAGUCCAAAGACAUCUCCUAGAAGGUCUGUGCCAUCUACAGACUGCGAACCUCCACCAGUGAACCGAAACCUAAAGCCUGAUAGGAAAGGUAAGCUGGGCCUUCAGAGACAACUGCUGCUUCUACAGAGCAAUGCUGCUAGCUAUUGCUAAUUGCAUAACCUACUGUAUGUAUUGCAACAAAAGACUUGCUAAAAUAAUUAAAAAGGUACGUGUCAAACAAAACUCACCCUGACUUUGCAGUCUUCCCUCAUAGAAGUAUAGCUCUAGAAAUUUAUGUAAAUGUAUAAUUUGUGAGGAUUGUAUUUAUAAUAAAUAAUAAAAAGGUGCUGACAUUUAUUGUCUGAAAGAUAAAAAUAACUAAGCAGGAAAUCCAUAUUGGUCAUUGAUCUGUUCAGUAACACAGAUAGGAGCAAGUUUUACAUGUAAAAGUAACUGAAAAGGUGAAUAUUACAUAGUCACUGUCUGUGAUAUUCUUUCCCAUUUCUUGAUGUACUUUUACACCUCUUCUAUCAUGGCAGCAAUAGAAAAUUAAAGUUGUGCUUCGUAUUUUGAAAAGAACAUUGCGAGUACUGUAACCACUACAUUGUAAGUUGUCAAAUUGCAUGACAACUUACCUCAGAUCUGUGUGCCAGUCACCUAUUUCAAGAGAACCACUAUUUUGAGCUAAGCCUGGCAGUGCAGUGGUUAUCACAUUGGCUGAAAGUGGUCAGCCGACUCUCUCAAUGGAGAAAGUGAUGGGCGCUUAGCAUAACCAUGUAAGUUGUCGAACUGUUGGCAAAUGAUUUACUUCCAUGGGGGGGCAGGGCCCUCCUGGCACCACAACCACUACUAUGCUUUGGAGUGCUCCUCUAAUGGCUCAUAUUCAGCUCCUCUCACUAUGACUUCCUAAUCUUCUUGUUUCAAUUCUCUGCCAUUUAGGAGUUAAAUCACUUUUGUUUCUGUUUAUGCAGCACUAGCCACAUCUCCCCUGGCUGUGACUUAACUCCUAAAUGGCAGAGAAUUGAGCAGUGCGGGGCAUGAUCUAUACACCAAAAUUGCUUUAUUAAGGAAAGAUAUUGCUCUCUCCUGGUGCUCCUCCUACCUCUCCCAGCACUCUUUCAGUGUUUCUUUCUCUGGCUCUGCUUCUUCUCCCCAACUCCUCUCUGUUGGUGUCCCCCAAGGUUCAGUCCUUGGUCCCCUACUGUUCUCUAUCUAUACUGCCUCCCUUGGUUAAACUCAUUAGCUCCUUUUGCUUCCAAUAUCAUUUCUAUGUGGAUGACAUGCAAAUCUACCUGUCCUCUCUUGAUCUCUCCCGUCCCUCUUGACCAGUGUCUCUGACUGCCUCUCUGCUUUUUCUAACUGGAACGCUGCCCACUUCCUUAAACUGAUUCCUCUCUUGCAACAAUCAAAAAUAACCCAAGUUCUCAGUGAAUACUUUUCUAGCAACCUAUUUCAUAACCCCUACUUAUACUCUUUGUCUUACUUUAUCGCACUCACUCUAGCAUGUAAGCUCAUUGAGCAGGGCCCUCAAUCCCUCUGUUCCUGUGUGUCCAACUUGUAUGGUUACAACUACAUGUCUGUUCGUCCAUCCACUGUAAAGCGCUGCAGAAUUUUUGGGCGCUAUAUAAAUAACAACAUAAUAAUAAUGUCAGCUGUAAGCAGGCAGUUUAGAGGCAGCAGCUGCAGACUUAAAUACAAGUAAGAUUUUACUAUAUUUAUGGAGGCAAGGGAGGCCAGAGGGGGCUAGAUAGUAGUUUUAACACUAUAGGGUCAGGAAUACAUGUUUGUGUUUCUGACCAUAUAGUAUUCCUUUAAGAUGCAGUGUCUGGAAACUGCUUUUCUUGCACCACAUGCCUAUAGGUUUGCACACUUCAGAAAUGUUCCAUAUUGAGCACACUAUUAUAUACGUUAAAUGAACACUCAGAGCACCAUAACCACUACAGCCCACUGAGGUUAUGGUAUCAGGAGUACUCUGGCGCUUUACCAUGUUCUGCUAUGGUUUGACAACUUGCCUGGAUCACUCUGGGCAUGUAUGGCUACAGUCCCUGCUCUUGGUAUUCUCCUACAGGAGAAUCUGAUUAUCUCUGCUUAUUGGCCUUAUUCCUGCUGCAGCAAUAAAUUGUCACUCUUAAAAGAGUACUUCCUCCUUUGCCAUCCAUCUUCAGACACUUGCUUGUGCAAGAGCUGCAGAUUAAGGAUAUUUAAAGGAUUUAUUUUGUCUUUCUAAUUAUUUGUAUAGCUAAUGUAUUAAAUUAAGGCACUUUGAGUAUAUUGUGUUCCUUAAAAAAAAUAAUCCAAACACAUAAAGCACUUAAACUUCCUGAAGUACUUUGUUUAAAGAGUGUUUUGUUCUCACAUUUUUAUUUUAUUAAAUGGCCUUUUUCAGUAGACUUUUUUUUUUUUUUUACGUUUUAUUUUUAUAUUAUUAAUUUAUAAAUGAACCUUACACCUCCUUCCUUACCGGUCAUAAAGCCAAUCCUGUUACUUCCUGGUAGUUUAGCUCAAUGGCAGUCAGAAGGUGACUAGAUGUACUUUCUCAUUAAGACCUUCUAUUUUCAAAGGUCUUCACUUUCAACAUUAUCACAAAGGGCAUGAUGAUGCCUAUUGCAGCUUAUCCUUCUGAUAGAGAAACAUUAGGGUGAUGGAUUGCAGCAAUUGCUGCACAUGUGCCAUUGGUCUGGAAUGCUUCUCUAUGGGAAACCUGUUAUUAGACUCAAGAUUGAUGAUCUCGCCAUGAGCUGAUUGGGUUGCAAUGAGGAACUGUCCCGGUACAAGAAUAUAGCUAAGCUUAAUAGUUUUGGUUUUUUUUUCUUGCGAAAUAAACAAUAUAACUUAAAAAUAAAUAUAUAUUUUUUACAGCAUGUUGUUCGUUUAAUAGAUGUAAAAGAAAACCGAGUACCACAUAAAAUUUGUAGAAGAGUUUUGUGGUUUUAUUCAAUUGUGUAUUUUCCAGUCCCUGUUUAAUAACUGCACACUAAUGCAUUUAUUUUCAGGUUUUAAAUCUACUGCUACGGAAGGAGCAAUUUUGAAACCAUAUUUUACAGUGACCUUGUUUUUGCAGCAAACUCUAAAUUUAAAUUGUUUUUUCUUCUAAGUCAGUGGUUCCUAGUCCUUUUUCUUUCCUUUUCUUUCCUGCUUGAUAACCCAUUUUUUUGCGAUUGUUAACCAAUGUCCGUGAAUCUUUCUUCAAAUGCAUUUUUAUGUAUAGUAGAAUAAAUUCUGCAAAAUAUCUACAUUAAUCUUUUACCCGUCUUUUUCCUAAAGAUUAAAUGUUGUUGUUUAGGAAUCUUAGUUGGCAACUUUUCAAAGAAAACUAAAAGGCAACUUAAUUUUUAUUUGUAACGCUAUGUUUUGAAUGCUUUUAAUCCACUGCCAGAUUUGUGGCACUAUUUAAUAGUCUGUUCUAAACCUCCUACUUGCUAAAGUAGUUUUUUUUAUUUUUUUUAUUACCGUGUGUGUUUAUUCUGUUGUGAAUACACAAAGUAUACCACAAUAUAGUUGCUCAAUGUUCAUGUUAAUAUUGAUAUUUAACCAUUUCCCCAAGUAGUUAAGUCAAUAAAAGAUAUUCAAAAAUUUUGACAGUAGAAUGAGCAAGUAGCAUUGGUAAACACUGCUAAACAAAACUGACAAUGUUUAACAAUAAAUCAUGCAAUCUUUUUGUAAUUAUGACACAAUGACUAAAAAACAGUCAGUAAAACCUGAUUAGUUUGUUGCAUUCUCUGAUUUAAUACAAAUAUUUUAUUCAGGAAACUAUUUAAAGUAAAUAAGUGUCGUUAAAGGACCACUAUAGUGCCAGGAAAAGAUACUCUUUUUUUUUUGGCACUAUAGUGCCCUCCUGCCGGGCUCUAGGGUGAGGAAGGGGUUAAACUUACCUCUCCUCCUCAGCUGAAUGCGCAUGCGCGGCAAGAGCCGCGCGUGCAUUCAGCCAGUCUCAUAGGAAAGCAUUCAAAAUGCUUUCCUAUGGACGCUGGCGUCUUCUUUUCUGCUAUGUUUACAGAAAAAAGGGUUAACCCUAGCUGGACCUGGCACCCAGACCACUUCAUUAAGCUGAAGUGGUCUGGGUGCCUAUUAGUGGUCCUUUAAUUUUGUAAAUGAUUUAUUGAAACUUCAAAUUCUACCUGCCUGGGUAUACAUUAAUUAGAUCAAUUCGGGAAACUCCACUUGGACUUGAUAUAAAAUACCACUAUCCAUCUAACUGAUAUGCUCUACCCAACCCUGGACUUUGAAAGUUCUAGGUUUUUUUGUUUUAUAUUUUUGAAUGUGGUGCAGCUUAUAACCUACAAUAAGAAAUUUCUUUUUCAACAGCAAACCAUGUUUAAAAAUAAAAAUCUCCGCAAAUGGGUCAAAAUGAAGAAUAAUAUAAUACACAUGUAAAUAUUGUUCUAUGAAAAAAAAGCUAUGACUUAAUGACUAAAUGCAAGUUUGGAAUAAAAGCAUUUAGAACAUAGAUGUUAUUUACAAACAGCAGUUCUGAGGCAGUUGUAAGUUGUGCAGUUGCCAUGGAAACCAAUGGAAUGUUAAUAUUUUAUAACUGUUUUGGUUUACUAACCCCUUCAUAACAGAUCAUUAGUUCUGUUAAAAGUAUUAACCUUUAGAGCUCCUUUCUUCUCAGCCUUUUUAACAAUGCGGAGCGUUGCAAUAACAAACUAUUGAUUCCUGUUUGUGUAGUAAACAUUUAGAUUCUGUAUGAAAAGCAAUAUUUUGGUCAACUCUCUACUUCUAAAUUAUUUCCCUAGAAUGGCUGAUUAUAUAUACUAACUCUCUGUAAAAGUUAAGCAUGAUUUGACGUUUGUGUUUAGUUUCAAGAAUUGCCCUAGGGAUUUUGAUGUCAUCUACUUAAGAUUUAGAUAUCUGAUACGUGAAUCUCAAAGACAAUCAAGCAUAAGAUAAAUCUGAAAAAGAUUAAUCAUGUAUGACUUACCGUACUUCAGAAUAAUUGUGCAAAACCGUUUUCUUUUGUUCAUAUCUAUGCAAUUUUAAAAAAGCAGAACAGUUAACUGGCUAUGCUGUUGGAGCCUGUUUUAUUAUUUUUUUUUAAAUUUCUAAUGUUUAUUAUGUACUUGUCUUAUGUAAGUUACUAACUGAAACUGAAAUCUACACACUGUUAGGCAUUAAUUGUAAGUGAUAUAUACAAUUACAUAUAAUUUAUACAAAUUUUCUUUAUUUAUUUUUAAUGUCAACAUUUUGUAUUGUUAAAUUAUGCUUUCUUCCCACGCUAUAACAUCUGGUAGCAGCGGUGAUUGGUUCUUGCAAUUUUUUAUAUAUAUAUGUUGCUUUGAUUGUUGUCUUUGGAGGGGUGGGGGUCCUGUUUCUGUGGUUUUGGAAUGAGUAUUGCUGGUGUACGUGUUGUUUGGGGGUUUUUUUGUCUUUGUUUUACCUUUUAAAAUACCAUAUCAUUUUAUUGUCUUUGCGGAAAUGACUAGUUCAAGUAAAAUGCAAUCCCCAUUAAAAAUAUGAAACCGAAACUGGGUGCAUCAUUAUUCAUUUUAAUAAACAUUCACUGUUAAUAGAGUAGCCCCAACCAAAUAUAAUUUGUUAAAAUCCACCAUAUUGAAAAAUUAAAACCAUUUCAAGAAUGAUAUAUUUGAUAAAGCUGUAUCAUAAAUAGCUAUUUAACCCCUUAAGGACGGGGGCAAUUGUUCAUGUUUUGAGCCAAAACAAUUUGAGCUAUAGGAUUGUCUGUAAUUUAAGGGUUAUAUACAUAUUGGUUUUUAAAAGAAAGAAAGGAAGGACUUUUAUUUAAUAUCUUAUAUGUAUACCUAACACAUUGCGUUAAGUGUGACAUAAAUGUUAAAAAUUUAAUAUUAUUCCUGCUUGUUAAAUGUCUAAUAUGUUUAAGAUCUAAAUAAUAUUUUUGGUAGUUGACAUUAACCCUAUAUCAACCCCCAGACACUAACGUUAUACCAACCAUAUGCCUUAACCCAACGCUUACGCUAACUCGAACCAUAUGACUACCCUAACCUCAACCUUACACUACCUUUAACAUUAAAACAGUAUUUAUCUUAUCCUCACCGUAACCUUACAGCUAACCUUAACCCUACCCAACUCUUACCCUUGAAUCGAACCCUAACCCAACAAUAACUCUAACUCUAUGAUAACCCACUGCUAAUAUCAAUUCUGAUAUUAAAAUUGGGUUUUAUGAUUUAACACCGUAGAUAGUGGUCUAUGACCACCAUCUACUGGUCGUUUCCUUAAUUACACUUUGUAUAAUUAUGAUAGAGCCCUGUUUCCCAGAUGAUUAUACUGAGAUCGGUGCUGGGCAGCUGGCAACGCCCAGCACCGGUCACAAUCAGCUGGGAAUUCCGUAAAGCAACUUACAGCCUAGAGAAGCUGCAGCUGAACACAAUUGCUCAACCGUGGUUUUAUCACUGUAUUUAAAGGAACAUUUUAAAGUUAGAAUUUAAAGUUUUGUUCCUAGCACUAAAGUGUCCUUCUGUCCCACGGCUCCUGUGUGUGUGUCCGUCCAUCCAUCCAUGAAAGGGCAAGACUGCGCAUUUCCUCUGCUGCCAGAUGAUUAGGGGCUAAUGAGCAUGCCCAGUGGGUGCCACAUGGCAGUCAUACCCUGCAAUGUAAACACUGCAGUUUCCAACACUAACCAUCACUGUUUUUCAUUACUGUACACAAUCUGGGAAAUCUGAAUUACAUAUGCAUUUUCCUUAUUCAAACAGCAGUAAUUGCUAUUGAAUUGUUAGUAGGUGGUUCUUUUUAGAUAUUAAUUUUAAACUAUUUUAGUUUAAAUCUUUAUGUGCCUCCCUUAAUAUUGCAUAUAUUUAAUCUGCGUUUUUUGAUUUUAAUUUUGGGGGAUUUUUCCACAUUUAUAGUCACUUUAAUUCACCAUUAUUUAUUUAGUUUUAUUUAAUAUUUUGUCGUAUUUCUAAUGCGGUAGUUCGCUAGUGCCCAAUUAAAUCUUAAUCUCCCCCCUCCCCACUGUGUCCUGCAAGAACCUGUGGUGUUUUACUUUCCUUAAUUCCAGUGCCGAGACUCCCUCAGCUCUGCUUCCUGCUCCAGGUCUCUCUGCAAUGGCCAAUCCAAUGCUCCUCAUAGAGGAGCAUAGGAGAUUGAUGUGUGUUAGCAGCGAGUACUGUGUGCACAUCCAAAUGCUUCUCAUGGGAAUGUUUUAAAUGUAAUGCUUUCCUGUGAGCUGCAUUGGUCACAUGACUGGAUUUACUAGGUUGUUCCUUCACAAAUGCUUCUAGUGUCUGUCUGGCUGUGUUUAACUCUGCAAUGGAAACAUUGCAAUUUCUACAUAACUACAGUGUUUUACAUUGCAGGGUUAAAACUACAGGGCCACUGCACCCAGACCAUUUAAUCGAUAUGAAGUAAUCCAAGUGCCUUUAGUGACCCUUUAAUCAGCAACAGAACUUUCUUUAAAUAAGAUGUUCACAAGAAAGAACAGGGAUUGACCUGCUGUGACAUCAUGCAUUAACCGAUAAACUCUUUCUGCUCAUUUGUGUAAAGGCUUGAUAUAAAUAUGGAAGUAUAAAUUAAGCUUUUUAGUAUUCACUGCUUCAUGCUGCUACUUAGUCGCUGGGAGAUUUAAAGGCUUUGGAUUGUAAAGUACUCCAGUUGUUUCUCUAGAAGCCGUAUCCCUAUUGAUUUCUGUCCACAUACAGAAAUGUGUUUGUAAAACAUGCUGUGGGUGCAUCAAUAUAGUUUUAAAGCAUUAGCACAAUUGAUUUGUUAUGGAAAUGCUUCCCUGUAAUUUCCACAAUAAUAUUAGAAUACACUCACGGGGUUUGACGGGCAUUAAUAGAAUAUAAGAUGCUGGCAUGUUCUCAUCCUGAUGUUUGCACUGUCCACAAGAAUCCAUUAGGAUAUUCCUUCCUUCAACUGGAAAGGUAGAACCACUACCAGAGAGCAGUUCUCUUCCUUUGCAGGAAAUUUUACCAACGAUUGCUAUGUCGCUUUUGGAGAUUAGUUGACUUUCUUGCAGCUGUACAAGUUAUAUUAUUUUCUACUUCAUUCAAGGAUUCCUGUCUAGGGAUCUUCUACCCUGUGAGUGCUUGGUCCAAAUGUGUGCAAGAAAGAUAGAGAAGUGUGUCUUUGACAAAACUUUUAUAGGUUUCCAGUUAUGUAGUGCCAGGCUUCAUGCCCAUUAAUAAGCUAUCGUGAGGUUCUUGUCUCUUUGGGCACUCCCUUUGUGAGUUUACCCGCAAUGAUGGACUGGGCGAGGAGAAUCAUGCAAUCAUAACCAUCAGCUUGUUGCUAGAUUAGCCUUUACUUACUCCUGUCUCCACUCUGGGUGUGUCAUAUAAACCCUGGAGUAAUGAGUUAAUCCACUGUGUAUGUGUGUCACUCUGGUAAUUCCAUGUUCCCUGAUUGUAGUUGCACACAGGCAUUUUAAAUGGAGUGCAAUGUUUCCUGUUUUAGCCGCUAUUUACCUGAUAGCACAUCUUUUUGGGAUAUUCCUGAUGUUUAUUGUUGUUUUGGACCACUGGGGAGCAUUAGUACAAAGGCUUGAAUGCCUUUAUUUUACUUUUUAUGUGCGCUGAAGCCAUUGCGACCUACUAAUUCCUGUGUGUGUGCCUCAACCAUGCUUCCUUCCUCUGGUGGCCAUGUUGCUCUCUAAUCAUGGCCUCCUUACUGCUUUAGCUAGCUCUGCCUGUCUCUGAUUCUUCUCUUUUGCUGUACCUAUUUGGUAGACAUGUUACACAAAUCAUUUAGGCUUAUUACAGCUAUUUUUCACCCACCAGUUUCUGUAAAUGCAUGGAGCCUAAAUGCUUGCUCCAUGUAGUGUGAUCAGCUGUACAAUAUGUACUCUUCCUGGGGAUGUCACUUUGGCCUAUAUGCUAGAUGCCCUAAUGGUUGCUUUGAGAUAUUUACCAGGAAUUCUGCCUUGGCGUUUCUUCCUGUGACUUUCGAAUUUGUCAGCUAAACAAGGCUUUUACUAUCCCCUAUUUGGUUACCACUUUGUUUGGCGCAGAUUUAAAUAACAAUAUCUUAAGGUUUCUGUGUGGCUAAAAGUGCAUUCCUGCCUCAGAUAUGCCUGCUCAUAAACUUUGGUUGAGUGUUUUAGGCCCUGUUGCUAGUCACACAGUGGUCACAGGAGUCGAGUCCUUCUUUUUAGUAAACACAGAGUACUUGUACAGGAUGUUUUUCUUUCCCUUUUGUAGGAAGGUUCUUUUCUGACCACUAUGCAAUCUAAAUCAUGCUCAUCUCUAUAUGCCCAAUCACUGUCGGUUGUUCGUGUUUGUGCUCUUGGACUGUCAUCGCUAGCUUGGUGACACUUUUAUUUUGGGCUAGCCACUACUUGUCUUAUCCUUAACAUAAUUUUUCCAACGUCCCUCUGCCUCUUGGUUUACCCCUACUCGAUGACAUCCUUUUGCAAGAUGACUAUUAUAACCAAGCAGUUUUUCAUAAGGACCUACUCCUAUCUCUUCUAGCUUGGACAUGGCUGGUCUGUCAACUUACCAGGGUAAUUUCUGAAUGUGGCCUCCAUGGGAGUCUUGCUCAUGAUUCCAUGGGAGUCUUGCUCAUGAUUGCCUGUAUGGCAAGCUUUGUUGUUUCCAUCUUUUCCAGUCAAACCCAAAUUUUGCAGGAUAUAUGGAGGUUCCAUGUGUGCUGGUAGUUGUCAUCAAACACAUUAAACUAUUCAACAUUCACCUUCAACUCCAACCACUGUAUUUUCCCAGGGAACGGAACUGGGAUUCUGGGUAUCUGUUGUAGAGAAUUAUACUGGACCCUUUAGUCCGGUCCUUCACAGGUGGGGUAGUCACCACCUGAUCCAGUGUUGUGCCUUUUGCAGACUCUUCUGGACCAUGGUGACAACAGCACCUUGGGAUGGCUGCAAGCUUAGGGACUUUGUUUCCUCUAUUGGUUAAGUUACUAAUUGUGACCUGCACUACAGGAAGUAACUGUCUGACUUCAGUCAUACUGUCACUCCUGUUGCUUUUUGCCGCCAAGGAGGGAGAAGGAUUACUUGCAAAUAGCUAUAUGGCUAUACAGUGUUUUAGCUCACCCCUACUUCAAAGUCCCCCGAUAUGGGUGGAUUGUAAACACACACACGUUUUCACUGCAAAGCUUCUUGCUUAAAGAAAGCUCUCCUCAAAUUCAUGUUUCCAUGUUUUCCCAGAAAAGCAUUCAGUGGCAUUGCAAUAUUAAAUAUGUUUAAGUAAUUGGUUGACUUAUGGAAUUGAUUUGGGAUUUAAAACCCACAACUAAUGUGUAAACCUAACUACUGUAUAUUUAUACUGCCAAUAUCACACUAGAGGUCCCUGCAUCCUUUGGAGAUGCUGCCCCUCUACUCUGGUACUAUAAGGAAUGAACAGAAUUCGGUAUUACACAAGUUAGACUAGCACUCUGAAGUGUUACAAGUUCCAUGUCGUGGACAGAAGCUGUCUACAAAUGAGCUAUCAAUUAGGGAGCACAGGCUUUUUUUUAUUUUUUAUAAAACAGGGAAAUAACAGAGCUAGUGGAUAAGCUACAAACAACCGUUUUUGCUCUAUACACUCUUUAUAUCCUUUCUCAUUUUAGUUAGUUGGGAGAAGAAAUAUAUCUUGUAGCAUGAUAAAGAAUUCAUGGUAUUGAAACAGUGUAUAUAUUUUUAAUUUUAUUCCUCUGUUUUCUGUCUUGGUGUAUGCAAGCUCUGUGGGUUCUAUGCCAAGAUUGUAGAGUAAACUAGUAACAAAGUUAAAACACGUUAUUGACUACUGCUCUGUAAAGGCAUGAUAACCACUAUUCUGGUAAUCUGUUUGCUCUAUACUUUUUGUCCUGCGUAUUUUAGAGAUUGUGACAGAUAGUGAAUAACAGCUUCAUGAAGUGGAGACAAAAACAGCAAAAUAGAGCCACAAUUUAUGCAUAUAGCCUACUGGCUUGGGUAAUAUAAAAUUAAUAACUUGUGAUUUACCCCUAUGCAGGCUCUCCUCCUGUAUUCCAUAUUCAUUCAUUUAAGUCUUUUAAUUUUUAAUGUUUCACAGUUGGGAUAUUGUUUUAUGAAUAUUGUGUUAUGAAUUCACAUAAUGUUUGAUUUCAAAACACUUCUGGUUUAAAUUUCAAGGAAGAAUAUUGUAAUAAUAGAGAGCCAAUUUACAGAAUCACGAAACUCAUUAAAUGGACUCUGUACCUUGGAGUGUUAGUAUGAACAAUUUAUUUACGUUUUUACUUAUAAUGAGGUAAAGCCCUCAAUCUGUCUAUACAAUCUACUUCUGGGAUUAGACAUUUGCGUCCAGAACAUUGCUUUCUUCUCUAUAAAGUCUUUACCGUGAAUUAGGUUUUACAAGGUAGUUAAAAACCUUUAGCACUAUCUCUUACAGUUGUAGUAGUACUGCUAAGCCAUUAUCAUGAGAAGUCCUAACAUCUGCAAUGAUGUCAAUGAAAAAGGAUCCUUCUACCAGAGUUCCUACUAGUCAGUUUACAGCUCUGCAUAUUUACUGCAGAACUUCAAAGAAUGAUCGAACUAUAAAGUAGGGUAACUAGACAUUAAAACCUACUUCAUGAAAACACUUUACAUUGCCAUAGCCAUGUGAAUUGUUUUCAAUUAGUACUGUUCCCAACAUGUUUGCUUAUGGAUAUGGUUCAUAAAUUAUGAAUACAUUUGUAAAACACUAUGUUUAGACAAUACAUAAAGGGUGUUUUUACUUGCAAUUUAAAUUUGGCAUUUGUUAAGAAGGUAAGUAUAUUAAUUGACGUUGUAUGUACUGUUUCUUUCUUUUUCAUCUUUGUUUGGGAAGUUGGUGGAGAACCAAAGGGCUGCCUUUUUAACUUAAUUUUUUCUUAUCUCCAUUUAUUUUGCUUGCUUGAGACAAGCUUGUGGCAUGCAACAUAUUUUUCUUUCCAAUUUGGUUCUUACACCUGUAGCAUGAGGCCAGCUCAGCUGUAAGGAUUUCAUAAACACAGUUGCUUUCGCUGAUAAGAUUAACCAUGCUGUGCUGCUGGAUUCCGCUGCUCUCAUUGCAGAAUUCCAUUUUUUGUUCCUACAUGCUUUUCCAGAUAAAUAUAAACGCAAAACAUUUUCUUAAGAAAGUCUUCUUUUUGCCAAUUAGGUCAAAGUCCUAAAAUUUUAAGACCUAAACAUCAAGGUUUAGAGCGAACAGAUUCACAAACCAUAGGUGACUUUACCAAAAGAAGAAAGGGUAUGUACCUUAGAUCUCCACACUUUCCUGUUAUUGUUUUACCAUGUCUUGAUAGUAAUGUAGUUAUUGGCUUAAUACAACAUUGUAUUUUAGCAACGUAGUAUUGUAGGAUCUGCUAACAUUGAUUUUUUUUUUUUAAUUUUAUUUUUUUUUUUAUUAUAGUGUGCUUCCAUUUUAUAAUGUUAUCAGUUGCAGAUGUUAUUCCUUGCAAAAUAUAAACCUCUCUUUAGCAUGUUUAAGUAUGUAUAUUUGUGUUGUGAAGUGUGUUGUUUUUCUUAGCAGGGAUCAUGGUGUAUUGGUCAUUAUGCUUUUUAUGACAUUGUUAUUUUGCUCUUACAUAUUUAUAUGCUUUUUUUAUAUUCGGUGCUUGUAAAAUAUUUCAGUAUAAUAUGCAUAGUAUUAAAAAAACAAAACACGGAUGGCAUUUUAUUAUAAAGCUUCUAAAUGGCAUGAACCCGUUCAGGAACAAUUAUGUCCAAUUACAUUUUUUGCCAUUUUGCAAACAAGAAAGUUGCCUAAAACUCAGUAAAUAAUUGCUUGUUAUGUAAGUGUAUUUCAUUGUUGGUCCUUAAGAAAUUAAAGCUAUGAAUUCAGUUUAUAUCUUAGCCUUAUAGUAAAAUUUUGUGUGAAAUAAUGUUUACUCAUCCACAGAUACAAAUGCAGGCAUUUCUGUGUUAGUGUGUUUAAAAUAGGCCAAGAAUUUAAAUUACAUUUGUAAACAUUUUAUUCUACAGCAAAGCCAGCACCUUUAGAAAUAAUGCCUUUGCCUGAGUGGGAAGAAUUGAAUAUGCAGACACCAGUUCGUUCACCUGUAACGCGAAGUUUCACUCGAGAGUAAGUAUUUUAAUAUCAAUCGGAAUUUAGAAGCGUACAGAGUAGAAAUACAUAGCUUUGGUCAGAGACCUGUUCUUGAAUUGUUUGGAGCACACAAGUGCACUGUUUCCAAUAACUUUUCCUUUGCUUUUGUAGUAAUGACGUUGACUUGCUUCUAAAGAUGUUAGUUUCUUUUUAGCUGCUAUGGCAGGCUGUAAUGAUUAUGGCACUUAGAGUAUAGACAUAAAACUUUUAUUAAUUGCUGUACAAACACUGUGGACUAAAAAUUCCAUCAUUGUAGUCUAAUAGUGAUGUCCCGAAUGGUUCGCCGCGGACAGCGAACAUAUGCGCUGUUCGGUCCGCCCCCUAUUCGUCAUCAUUGAGUAAACUUUGACCCUGUACCUCACAGUCAGCAGACACAUUCCAGCCAAUCUGCAGCAGACCCUCCCUCCCAGACCCUCUCACCUCCUGGACAGCUCACUAAGAAUGUAGCUUCACAAUGAAUGUAAAAUGGAUGCUGUCCAGGAGGUGGGAGGAUCUGGGAGGGAGGGUCUGCUGCUGAUUGGCUGGAAUGUGUCUGCUGACUGUGAGGUACAGGGUCAAAGUUUACUCAAUGAUGACAUAGGGGGCAGACCGAACAGCGCAUAUGUUCGCCGUUCGGGACAUCACUGUAGUCUAACAAUGGUAGUUAUAGUGCACAGCUUCUAAAUUAUAUAUAAAUGUAAAGUUGUAUGAAUGUAUGCAUUAACAGCAUAGCAGUUAUUCUUGAUGCUGUUUUAAUUUAGGGUUGACAAAAAGAAUGCUCCCCAGCUGUUAUAAAUCCAAAAACAUGUUGCUUUGUCUCAAGGAACGACUCUAAGUACCUUAACCACUGUAGUCAAACAUAGUGGUUUGGUGCCAGGUGCGCCCUGGUAUUGUCCAAGUGUCAUCUGUCAAAUUUGUCACAGUAUAACACUUACCUUGGACCUGCUUACAUGUUCUUGAAGCUGGAACUGUCCUUCAGGAAUGAGUUCCUAUCUUGAACAAAACUGACAUUAAGUUUCUCUAGCUUGAGAAGACUGGAUGCAGAAAACCAGUGGGACACGUGUAAAUUUUUAAAUAUGGCUGGCACAGGACCAGGGCACUCCUGUCAUAGCUGCUACGGCAGGCUGUAGUGAUUAUGGCACUUAGAGUAUUGACAGCUGGGGAUUUUCCUUAUGGUCACCCUGGUCUGAUAUAUGCCUAAAAUGUAUCCCAGCUGCAUGGUUUUAAAAUUAUUGCUGGUAAUUAGCUCCUCCAGGUUCCCCAUGCCUCCCAGGCCGGAUUCAGUUCAUAGCACAGCUUCCAGCAGUGACUCACUGGACAGUGAAGAAAAUUAUGUACCCAUGAACCCAAAUCUAUCUACUGAAGAUCCAGUAUGUAAAAUCUACAUUUUAAUCACCUCUCAUGUUGCCCUGUCUUUAUACACAUCAUCAUCAUACCUGGCUUACGUGUUUUCAGACCUACUUAUUCUUUCACUGCUUUGUGUUUUUAUUUAUGUAUUUAUUUUUGUAUUCUGGUUUUGUUUAUAGUUUACCGGUAGUUAAACACUUACACAUUCUAUUUUUUGUGUUGCAAAAUAUAAUCUAUAUACUUUAAAAAUGUGAAAGAUUUUCAAAUGUUAUGUAUGUUAGUCUGACCUUAUUGUAUAUUUCACUGUUAUAGUUCAUCAUUUGUAAAGUGUAGAAAACCAAAUCUUGAUAAAUGGUUUAGAACAAAGUAUGGGAACAGAAUCUGUAUAGCCUACUUCAAUGGAAAAUAAUAAAAUGUUAAGUUUAUCAACUUAACAGAGAAUUGACAGCAGUAUCUCAAAAUGGAGGAAAAUGCUAACUUCAUCAUAGUUUUGGCAAUUUGUUUGCCACUUUAAAGGAUGGUGUAUGAUUGAUAUAUUGCAUAAUCUGUGUUUGAAACGAUUAUUUGAGAAUCUUUUUCACCUUUUCUUUUCCUAAACUAGUAGUCUAUUGUUUGCAAUGUUACUUCCCAAAAGUUGUCUCUAUUCUAUUCUGUACAGUUGUGUGCCUUGCCUCUGAGAUAGCUAUGAGAUAGGUGAUGGCAGUGGGUUCUUACUUUGUAUGUGCUUUCGAUCCUUGGGAUCUUCUCACAGAGGCUUAUUAUUGCAGUUAUUGUUUUAAAAUGAAUUUGAUCACAAGAAUAUUCAAGUAACAUUAGCAAUCAGCAACUGAAGCCUGAAUUAACUGAAUGUUUGAAAGCUAAAUAGUCUUAAUGGGCUAUGACUUUUUUUUUAAGCUUGAAGAGAAAGUUGUGCUGGUUGACAAAGGACAGACUUGUAAAAUUAAAGGGAUUUUAUAGUGUUAGAAAUGCAGAUUUGUAUUCCAAACACUAUAGUGUCCUCUGCUUCCCCUGACCCCCUCCCCCUCACCCCUCUAGCAUAUAAAUGGUAAAAAAUAAAAGUACCCGUAGAAAAGCAUUGAAUCAAUGCAGAUUCACUCCCAGUAGCGCCUCUAGCACCUGGACUAUUCCAAAAAUAGCUUAUACUAAUUAGGAAACACACUUGGUAGUAGGCAUGUGCAUGGGGAAAAUGUUCGGUUCGGCAUUCCGACAUUUGGGACUUUCGCAAUUUGGGACUUGGGAAAUUCUGCAACUUCGACAUUUCGGAACUUUGGAAUUUCGGAACUUCUCUUGCAGCCGCUUAGUAGAUAACUCCCUAAUUCCCACGGUAUUAGGGAGUUAUCUACCAAAAGGCUGAAAGACCUAAAUUGGUCUUUCAGCCAAAUUUACUAAUACUAAGUAAAAAUUACUUAGUAUUAGUAAAUUUUGCCUCUACUCGCUAUACCGCGAGUAGGGGCAUGUCUAGUAAACAGUGAGCAGCCUGGUACCCCCACCCGUGACGCGUGAAUGGGGGCUUUUAAACUAAAGGGGGGUCCUAUUGCCCCCCCUGAGCGGCGGGUGGGGGCCCUAAAGUAAAAUGAUGGGGGGGGGACCUAUUGUCCUCCCCUCGGCCUCCACUCCUGAGCGGUGGGGGCCCUAAAUACUAAUAAGGGGGGGACCUAAUGUCCUCCCCCCUGGCCCUCACCCCUGAGCGGUGAGUUGGGGCCCUACAGUAAAAUAAGGGGGGGACCUAAUGUCCUCAUCCUCGCCCCCACCCCUGGGCGGUGGGUGGGGGCCCUAAAUACUAAUAAGGGGAGGGACCUAAAGUCCUCCCCCCUGGCCCCCACCCCUGAGCAGCAGGUGGGGCCCCUACAGUAAAAUAAGGGGGGGACCUAAUGUUUAGAACUAUUUAGGGCCCCCACCCCUGAGCGGUGAGUGGGGGCCCAAAAUUUGAAUAAGGGGGGGACCUAAUGUCCUCCCCCUGGCCCUCACCCCUGAGUGGUGGGUGGGGGCCCUAAAUACUAAUAAGAGGGGAGACCUAAUGUCCUCUCCCUGGCCCUCACCCCUGAGCGGCGGGUGGGGGCCCUAAAUACUAAUAAGAGGGGAGACCUAAUGUCCUCCCCCCUGGCACCCACCCCUGAGCGGCGGGUGGGGGCCCUAAAUUGGAAUAAGGGGGGGGACCUAAUGUCCUCCCCCCUGGCCCCACCCCUGAGCGGUUUGAAUUGGGGAGAUAUCUACUUAUUCAUUCCUGUCAUUACAUUGACUGGCUAAGUAACUUACAUUUCAUAUGAAUGUAUGUUACUUGAUUGUUAUAAGUGUUGCAAAUGCUUACAGCUGAAUACAGUGUAACAUUCUUCAUUCUUCCACUGGGUAAGUAUAUUAGUUCUUAGGCAAUACUGUACUUCGGCAAUUCGACACUUCGGAAAUUCGGUAAUUUCGGCUAUUCGGAUAUUCGGAAUCACCUGAAAUUCAGCCGAAUUUUAAUUCGGACCGAAACGAAUUGCACAUGUCUACUUGGUAGGUUAUUCAUGAGUAUUGCUGAGAGGUCAGACGGAAAAUAUAGAAUACCCCAUAUAACAGACUUUUGCUGAAUUUAUAGUUUCUGCUGUUUAUUUUGUUUUAAAGGUGCAUUUAUGCUCCGUUUUGUGAAAUUGUAAAUGACUCCAUAAAUACAUACAGUUGUUUGAGCAGGGGCCUCAAUACCCUCUGUUCCUGUGCGUCCAAUCUAAUCCUACUCCUGAGGGUUUUCCUCUGCUUAUAUCAUUACUGAUAUUGGAAAAUGGAAUUUUUAAAUUAAACCUAAGCGUGUGUUGCUAUCUUCUACUGACUGUUUUAAGCGUGACAGGGCUAAAAAAUCUGAAUGCCAAAUACAUUGUGAUCAGCGCUUGGCCAAUCAAAAAUCAAAAUGGCAUUGGGGCAUGCAUGGAGAUCCUGAUAGGGCCUGUUUUGACCCAAGAAGUUUCCCAAAGAUUGCACACAGAGAUGCACCAUGGCUGAGCAUCAAAAGGGUUUUGACCUCUACAUACAGGUCAGUAACCAUAAUUGUGGCCCCAGCUGACCGAGGAGAGCCCCAAGUAUCAAUUGAUACUGGAGUUUCCGUAGUGUGAGCAGGGAUUUAAGCAGGUCAUCUAUAAGUCUGGGGCAAAUAUGGACGCAGCUGACAGAAGAGAGCCCCAGGUAAUGAUUGAUUUAUCCCUGCUCACGCCAAGUUGUAGCGUCGAAUUUAAAUCUCCAUUUAAAGUUCUAAGUGCAUGCUCACUUUGAGCGCUGCGUGCAGUUUGUCUGUCAGUGUGGUGCCACCAGUUUUGGCCCCAGCUGACAGAGGCCCCAUAUAACCAAUGAAACCUUGGUUCCCCUUUUACUCACAGGGAAACAGUCCCUCCCUGCUAGUAAAAUACAGGUUGAUGGAUCAUGACUGUCAACAUUCCUUACUGUUCAGUCUUUAUGCAUAGAAUGACUUUAGUCAAGUGGCAAGGACAGACAUUUUCAGAAUUAUACAAUUUAGGUUCUUUGUUAUACAAUUCUUCAAUAUUUUUUACAAUUUAUAUUUUUAACCCACAAAUUAUAUUUCCACAAGAGGCAUGUAAGAAGGCUUCCCAUUUGCCCUACUCAUAUUCAACUUUACCCUUUGAUACUUUUAUUACACAGUACCCAGAAUUCAGUGGCAUUCCAUAAGGGCAUAGAUCAUUGGAACUAAUGGUGUUCGCCAAUUACAUUUUAUUACAUGUUGACCAUUAUUGAUAUGGUAUAAGCAAAGAAUCAACCUUUCCAAAUCUGCAGUCUUACUCAGUCUGUCAUUGCCUAUUAACUUACAUAUUUGAUACCCUAGUAAAUAGGAUAAUGAGACUAAUUCUACAGGGGCUUCUUGCCCUCCCACCCCCACCUUCAUAUUAACCCUUAAAACCGUUUUCAGACUUUAGUUUUGGACUUUCCUUUAGAAUAAGUGCAUCUUUUCUUGCAUCAGAAAAAUAUAUACUAUCUCAAUUAAAGGAACAUUCUAAUGUGAUAUAAUAUAAAUAUAUGUUUGGUUUUUUUACUUAGAUUACUGGGUCUUGCUGGUAAUACGUUGGCACAUUCUCCUUCACUUAGUAAGGAUAUUGACCAAGGGAUAGGUCAGGGUGUCUCCUACUAACUAAAACCAUAAGUUGAGGAAGGACUAUGACUAUAUAGAAACAUAGAAUGUGACGGCAGAUAAGAACCAUUCGGCCCAUCUAGUCUGCCCAAUUUUCUAAAUACUUUCAUUAGUCCCGGGCCUUAUCUUAUAGUUAGGAUAGCCUUAUGCCUAUCCCACGCAUGUUUAAACUCCUUUACUGUGUUAACCUCUACCACUUCAGCUGGAAGGCUGUUCCAUGCAUCCACUACCCUCUCAGUAAAGUAAUACUUCAUGAUAUUAUUUGUAAACCUUUGUCCCUCUAAUUUAAGACUAUGUCCUCUUGUUGUGGUAUUUUUUCUUCUUUUAAAUAUCUCCUAGUCCAAAAAGAGGUCACCUAGUUGCACUAGAUAAACAGGGGAUAUCCCUAAUUACUAAAAUUAGAAAAGGAAUGAAGACAAUAUCCAAGGCGUUCACUCCAAAUGAAUAUGUACAACUUAGGUUAAAUAAGUAGCUUGCAUGCCAAGAUAGCUUACGGCACCUGAGGUUCCUAGUUGGUCUCCCAUACAAGUACUAACCAGGCCCGAGUCUGGAUGGCUUCUGAGAUCUGACACUUUCAGACUGGUAUGCAAGCUACUUAUUUAACCUAAGUUGUACCUAUUCCUAGACAUUUACUUCCAUUUGGAGUGAACGCCUUGGAUAUUGUCUUCAUUCAUUUUCUAACAUUCUCCUUCACACCCUCACUCACACCUUACCAUGCUACUCUCCCACACCCCCCUUCUCUCAUUUCCAUUGCUUGGUGUCUUGUGGAGAGACAGGAAUGGGCUAGGGAAAUUUGUUGACAAAUUUUUAAUGAUUCAUGGUAAUUUGGGAGUCAGCACAGCAUGACUAGUGAUAUCCUCUUCACUUGAGUUUCUGCUCUUAAACACAGGGGUCUUAUGAUUUAUGACCAUAUUACUGUGGAUUACCUGGAGCAUACUCAGAAUUCUCUGUUUUUCUAACACUUUUCUUUUUUAUAGAUGAGUUUCUGUACAUUGUUAUUUGCAACAAAAAUGAUAUUAUUCCUUCUAUUUGAACAUUAAUUAAUUUACAAGUAACAUUGAUUGGUUGUUUGAAAUACUUUACAUAAAAAAAAAAAAAGAGCCAGUUUCAGUCAGUGAUAACACUCUUUUAAAGUGAAUACUGUGUUUUAAGAGAUCUCUUCAAACAAAUAAUUUGGUUAUUUUUAUUUUAUUUAAUGAUUGAAACGUUGCUGCAAAACUAAGACAUGUUAGAGUUACGUUAGCUGAAGCUCUUUGCCAUUGCUGUCCACACCCUACUACUAUUAUAGAAUCUAAUUUUCUUUUUCCCCUUUAUAUGAACAGCUUUGAACAUUUCAAUUCCUUUCAGCCUACGUCACAUCAGCCUAUCCUAUUCACUUUCUUUUUUGCUGACUGCUGCCCUCUCUCUUCCUUUUUUUCUUUAUCUUUUAGAGAAGAGACCUUCUAUUGUACUGUUCCCAUAACACCUGUAAAGAGGGAGGGAUCAGGCUGGGAAAGGAUUGAGGAGGUGAGGUGGUAUGAAUCUAGGAUAAGUUGCAUUAGAUGACUGGAAGAAAAAUAAAUACAUUAAAUGUGCACAGUGUGAUGGCACUGUACACAUAACAAAUAGGUUUUAUAUCCCGUUUAAUUAUUUCUGAAAUAAGCUGUUCAUUACCUAAAGGACAAGUUAAUUAAACAUACUACUCUCAUCAUUGGUGGAAAGACAUUUUGUUUUGUAGUGCUGAGGUCUGUGAAAUGACUGGGUAUGUGUAUUGAAGACUUCAGUUGUGGAAAGAUUAGGUUUGUAUGUGGUCUUAAUAAUAGAAAAUGAUGCAACAGGACAUUAAAUGAAUUCAGGUCUAGAAAACUUGGGAUGUUGUCAGAAAUAUGACUCGGUAGGCUUGGUCUUUACUUCUGGGUUCUUGUCAAGUUUUGUCAAGUUCAACUCCCUUAAGAGUAAAAUGUGUUGAAACAACUUCUGAACCUAAAUACUUGCAUUGGAAAAGGAUGCUUUUAAAUUUAAAUGGAAUAGCCAUUUUACAUUGUGUAUGUUAAAAGUGAAUAUUUCAUGUAGUUAUGACAUGGUGGCUUUUUUUUUUUUUUAAAGAAAAUAAAUUCCAUAUUUAAGAUUCUAGUGUAAGUGCCUGUGGACGUAGGGAACGUUAAUAUUGUAUGUCUACAUUUAAAACGAUUCUUCCCUGCUUCUGUCGUAGGGGUAGAAAUUACCUACUGGUUGGAUUGGUUGUGAAAACAUCAGUAUAGUGUGACCGUGUGCUUGGUGUAUACCUUGGGAGGUAUGUGUGUGUGGACACAACACAAUGUUUUGCGGAAAGAUAAAAUUGCUAAUAUUGUAUCGAUAGAUUAGGCAUUGUAACAUAAACUGAACCUUACCAUCAUCAUGUUGAAUUGGUUCUAAGUAGCAAAUGUUUUCACUGAAUGGUUACAACAAUGUUUAAAUUAAACAUUAAGAACUAUUCAGUUUAUGUUCUAAUGGCUACAGCUAAAUUCAGUUUGUUUGUUCAGAUUUAUUAGAAACUUUUAGAAAUCAUAAAUUAGAAGAACUUAUGUUAUCUGUGCAUAUUUUAGAAUUUUUGCAAAAUACAUGCAGGAAACGUAAAGUAAGAAAGCACUUCAAAUUCAUGUGAUUAGUGAUCUUUGCCAUUCCUGUGUCCCUGCCCCCAAAAACAAUCUAAAGCUAAUGUAUCUUGAGCAUCUUUCGGCAACUAAAGAAUUAAAACAAAAUCUAUCUUUAUCAAAAACUGGUAGUUAUUUACAUUGGUUUUAAUGUGAUGUAGAAUAUUAUGUAGGCUUAUCACUCAUUUACCAAAAUGCCCGUCUUGCACUGGACAGCAUGCGUUUCAGUAUCGGAUAAUGAGCUCUAAAGACAGAUGCUUAUUUCUUAUAUCUGUAACCUGUGAGAAUGCAAACCUUUUCUAAAGCAUGUUUCCUUUUAAUUCUUUAACAUGCUUCAUGUCCAUACAUUGUUCAUCUCAAAAUAAAUUCCAUAAUUUUACCUUGUCCCUUUGUAUUCUUGCUUUGUACUUGCUUUUCUCACACAUCUGGUAAAAUUUGAGCAUCUGUAAAGUGAAUAAAUAUUACUUGUUAUCAUUUCAGAAUUUGUUUGGAAGCAGUAGUCUUGAUGAUGGGAACAGCCCCUUGGUGAAGCCUAAAGGAGACAAGCAGGUGGAAUAUUUGGACUUGGAUCUAGAUUCUGGGAAAUCCACACCACCAAGAAAGGUAUGUGAACUGAGUGAUGAAAUAUGCAAUUCAAUUAACCAUCAUUAGUAAAAUCAACAUUUGAGAAUUACACAUAACAUUUAAAAUGUCUGUUGAUGUGUCUAGUAAAUGGAGUAAGGUGAUUUACUUAGGAUUUUAUUAAAACCAGCCACAUGUAGAGUUUUGGGGGAAAAAACAUAAACAAGACACCCUAUUAUCUUCAUUUAUUAUUGCAUGUACAAGUACAGCUAAAUAAAUACCCUUUCCUUAUAUUGUCUGUUUUCUGAAGUAUACCUCCAAAUACUUUUCUCAAAAUACCAAGACCAACAUUUAGGCAAAUUAUGCAAAUUUACAACCCACUAUAUCAAGCAUAUUUAUUCUUUAGAUGAACUGCCAAGGCCCAAAGGGACACCCAAACCACUUCAUCUCAUUUAAGUGGUCUGGGUGCACAGUCCUUGUCCCCCUUAGUCCUGCAAUGUAAGACAUUGCAGUUUUUGAGGAACGCCUGAUAAUACACUAGCAUAUCCCUAUGUCAGUGGUCUUAUGCUAAAUGUGACAUAGGAGAUAAACAUGCUAUCUGCAAUACUUACUGCUUAAACUGUUUCCAGAGUCUCUUCUGAAAUGUAUGCUUUCCUGUGGUUACCUCCAAAGAGACAACUAUAGUGUAGUGGUUAGGUGCUCAACCCAAAAGAAAUCUUGAAUCCUUUUGGUCUAAAUUCCAAAUAUAUACAGAAAAAAAGGAAGUUGGGGGGGGAGGCACACCAAGAACAUGCAUUUCUCCGCAGUGCUGCUGCCUUAAAAAGGCCAAAAUAUACACAAAAUACAAAUUAAUGAACAUCGCAUGCAAAAAGAAUACAGGUUUAAAUCUAACAAGAUUUCUUAAAAUCAUCUAUCUCAGCAAACAAAUAUAGGAAUUUGGUUACACCAUGUGGCCGUAUUGUGUUAAGCCCAACACUGCAUAACAGUAACCCAAGAUUGUUGGGUCCCAUGCUAAUUUUAACAUGGGUAAUGUAAUGAGCAUGUUCAAAUAUAAUUUGCAAAUUAUCUUAGACCCCCACCGAUAUAUAUUUCAUUGAACAUAAUAAGUUGAGAGGGGGAAAAAAAAAUGUUUCCGAUUACCCUCCUCCAAUACAAUGUCAUGGCUGUGCCCUAUAACAAAAAUCAUUGGUAUAUUUCUACUUUCUAAUUUUCUGAGAAAUGGUAGUUCCCUUUUCAAAACAAAGAAAAAAGUUUAUAGCCACUCUGCAGGAUUAUAAAAAGGUUUUGUUUGCUUUUUUUGCUCCUCCAGAAAAAGAGCAGUGACUCUGGAAGCAUUGCUGCUGAUGAAAAGGUGGACUACGUUGUUGUUGACAAACAGAAAACGAUUGCGCUACAGAACACACGGCGUGCAUGGACUGAUGGGAGACAGUCUACUGAAUCAGAAACUCCAACCAAAAGCUUAAAAUAAAUGCUUCCAAUAUCUAAAAAGUUCUUUGUGUUGGAAAUAGAGCUGUCUAUGGAUUGUCACAACAUACAAUGUCUUUUAUGAUAUAUUCUAGAAACAUGAAUAGAUCAAUACGACAAAAACUGAUAUGUGCAUUGCCCUGUCUGUAGAGUUUUGACUAUGUAAAUACUGUACCAUACAAACUUACUGUCUAGCAAGAACCAUUUGUUUAACACAUUUAGCCAUGUUUUGUAGUAUUACUAUGUUUAUGCACUUUUGCUGUUCAAACAGUGGUUCUUGUUCUUAACACCUUAAUCCUCAUUUUGUUGUUAACAGCUUAUUCAAAAUGUAUUUUUUACAGUUUUAUUUCACACACUAACACACACACCUAAACCAUUGAAACACCUGAUAGGCCUCUCAUAUGCAGGAUUCUAUAACACUAUACAAGCCCUUGAUGAGUAGCUAGUGCAGUAAUACACUUUUCGGUAGGCCAGUUGAAUUAGUAUAACUUUUGCCUUUUAAUUUGGUUAUUCUGCUUUGUGAUCUGUGCUUUUAUAGAAAGAAAUAUUUAUUCUUCAUAAAGAGCUUGUUAAUAAUUAGUAAUUGGUAUCAUCUGCAAUGCUGCCAAAUUAUAAACCACUUGCUCAUAUCUAAGAUCAACAUAUUUUUUUAAUUUUUUUUUUACUUUUGUACAGGCGAUGUGAUUUACAGUUUUAUGUUCACUAUAAUGCAUUAUUAAAAAAGUGCUUUUAUUUCCCCUGCCCCAAAAAAUUAGUCUUUGAGGGGCAAAGGGCUGGUGCUCCUUAAAAUAUUCUAUAAUAAAAUGACAUUCUUUCUUGUUAAUGAUCAGCUUUAGAACAAAUUGUAGGAAAAAGGUUUUAAGAGUAAAAGCUUCCAGAGGUGACUUUAAAAAUAAUACUUUUGAAAUAAUAUUUAACACAAAUGUAAUUACUUGGUAUUGUAUUUAGCAAUGUUAGUCCUUUCUCCGGCAGUGUAUUUUUAUUACAUGAUCUAUGUUAGGUGUAGAUUCUGCAGGGUAGAAUCUUACGACCAGGGAGUGAGACUAAAAGAAUUUAAUGGCGUCAUAUGUUAAAUAGCAUUUUUUUUUUUUUACAUUACUUACAGAAGGUAGAUAUGAUAUUAAUCAGGUACGUAUGAAGCACUGUUGUGCUAACACACUGAUCAGGUUUUUACAGUGAAGUUAAAGCAUUGCUUGUACAAAUUCUAAUAUUGUAAUGUUUCAUUAAGACAGCUGCCAUUAACUUUUCUAGUACUAGUACAAUACUGUGAUUUCUAUUUUUGUUUUAGGUAGCCAAGUAUAUGAUUUGGACACCACUGUGCCCUUCACAUUGACUCUUAUGUUCCUUUAACACCUGCUUUGCCUUAUAUUUAAAUCUCCUAUGCAACUUAUUUUAUAUGAACAUUUAAUUGAUACGAGUGACUGAUAUCUUUUUUAACAAAUUAUUUUUUCAUCCUCUGACCUAAAAGCUGUCCAUAUUUUGCAUCAUCCAUUACCAAUUGAUGUGCAGUAGUACCUUACAAAGCAGUGCAUGAUAAUUAUGUAUCAGAAGGAUCUAAUGUCUGUAUGUUUUUAUAUUUUACAUCUAGCUUCACUAAAAGCCUAAUUUUUAAAAUGCCAUUGUUCUACCUCCCUUUCAGUAUUUGAUUUUAAGUAUUUUGUUAUCUAUUUGGUAUAUGUUUGGUGUGUGUAUGUAUGUGUAUGUGUAUAUAUAUAUAUAUAUAUAUAUAUAUAUAUAUAUAUUACGCACAGUGUAUAUAAUACAUAUACAGCUAGAUAGAUGAUUCAGAAAAUGUUCUUACUGUGUGUAUAUACGUGCACACCUUCCAAAAUGCAGCCACGAUACUUUUUUAAUUAAGGGAAAGUAUUGAUUAGAUACACGUUUUGUUUGUGUGAAUAGAUCAUUUCAUAAUUUUCACAAACAUCUACGUUUACAUACCAUGCAUAUUUUUAUGUGGUCUGCUGGAAGUAAUCUUGCACUGUUGCAUCUUACCCACAGAAUUAAAAGCAAAAAAUAAAAGCAACCACAGUAACUUUAAAGGGAAACUCACAAUUUAUAAUGCAGUGAACAGAUAAUGAAGAAUGCAGAAAAAAAUUGCAAAUAUUAGAAAAACAGAUAUUUACAUUUGAUGAUCAAGUAUUCAUUCUAAAAUUAAUUUCACCUUAACUAGGAAGUAGCUCGGAACUUUCAGUAAUUCCUAAUCUGCCCAAUAUGUCUAUGAUUUAAAGUGCAUAUCUUAUAAAUCCUCUGUAUUUCAGCAUCUUUUAUCUCACUUAUAGCUCUUAUUGUGAUUUUCAGUCACUGGAGCUAGGUGUAGCCAUGUGCAGUAUGCAAGUGCUUCCUUGUGAUCCACUUGAGUAGGGAAAGUCUUAUAGCUGCAGCUAUUUUUGACAGAAAAGAGACAGCGGAACCCACUGCAUUGUAUCUUUUGCAAGGAACCAUAUAGUUAUAUAUAUAUAUAUAUAUAUAUAUAUAUAAUUGUUUUAAAGAGGACAUUUUACUUUUUUGAUAUUGGCUGUUCUUUUUCCAUUACCCCAGUAAAUGCUAUUGAAAAAGCCCCCACAAAUAAGCAUUUUAUAAAAAUAAAAUCACGGAAAUUCCAACCCAGUCCAAAUAUAUCAUAACAGAAUAAGGGACUACUUUCGUUGGCAAAACGUGCCAAAAGGCGGAACUAACUUUUGCCAAGCCCUCAGUCAUCACUGACGGCUGAGAUGAAAAAGCGAAAAAAGGCUAGAAUAUCCACAUGUUUUGCGGGAUCGUCCAUAGACAAAGUUGAACUCACGCGCAUGCACAAGAGUACAGCACUGGGAGCUGAAGAGGGCCAUGCGGAAAAUGGCAGGUCCCGUGAGGGACAGGUUUAGGUAUUUAAAAACUGCCUUCCCUUGUACCCCGUGGCCACCCCAAUACAAAGUAAGCAGUCACAAUGUGGGCUCUUUCAAAAUAUGCAAAGACCCCAAAGGUGACACAGUUGGUUGAAGUUAGCAGUAUACAACUUAACCUACUAACUUUAGCAAAAUAAUACUUUUUUUUCAAUGGUUUACUAAUUUUUUUUCUAAUAUCGACAUUCAUUUUUUUUAUAAUUUGCAUCGGGGGCAUUUCAACCCUACUUCUGGGAAUUUAUGAUUACAAUAAUUUAUUGCAAAGAUUCAUAUUGCAACUACCCCUUGAAAGUAUGAUAGGGGCUCUGCAGUGUUCCAUUAUUUUGUGUGUGUGUAUAUAUAUAUAUUCAUAUAUAUAUAUAUAACCAAAGUGUCAGGAAAAAUUUACUUUUUACAUAUUUUAUAAUUCCUGUAUAUUAAAAAUUUAUCUCAAUUUAAGAACGUACAUAGAAACAUUACUUCCCACAGAAAACCUUAUGUACAAUGCAAAUCAUUCUGUGACGUUGUAAAAAGUAUAAUUGUUGGCAAUUUUGAUGCAGGGUAUGAUAGUCUCUCUGUAAAGAGUACUACUUUAAAGAAAUGCAGGAACUCAUAUUUAUUGCAUUACACACUAUUUGACACUUAUGUAAAUGCAUGCCUAGCAUAUAAUAUUGGGGAAAAACUAUAUAUAAAAUUGGAAGGUAUCAAAUGCAUUUUGAAAGGGAUUUAGAUACUUGCAAAUUGAGUUAGCAUGUUUUGCCACAAACUGUGCCUUUUUAUUUAAUAAACUUUUUUCUUCUUCUCUAUGCUGGUUACUGACUUGCUUUUACAUUAAUCUCUUUACAUUAAUCUCUUUACAACAAAUGGGUGACUCCAGGAAUGGUGUCUCCCUAUGCAAAUCUAUGUUUUGAUACAUGGACGCUUUCUAUCCUUUUUGGUUAAAACACAAUACAAGGUGCAUGGUUUUGUUUUAUACUUUCUGGUACUACAUUUUUCGUCAUUGACGUUAAGUUUUUCGUAACCUAUUGUCAGUUACCUAAAAUUACUGAUCCAUGAUUUUAAAAAUAAAAAUGUUGUGUUCUAUGUAUAUUUUGUUUACGAAUAUAAACCUUCCUCACAAAAAUGCUUUACCGCAAAUAACUUAUCUUACAGUUUUUUCAAUUCACUCUAAGUACAAUAUUUAUUUUAUGAGUUGGUAUAGUUAUUCGAAAGUGAAGCACACAUUUACUGUGUAGAUUUUUAAGGGAAGGUUUUAUAGUUUUUAGUAUGUUCCAUAGAAAAAUCCCUACAAUCUGUGCAAUAUUGUGAUAGAUCCAUAAAAACGUUUAAUGCAUUCUGCCAUUAAACAUUUUCCCUCCGAUACUCGUACAUUCAUUGUAAUGAAGACUGUUUUUUGAGAACAGUAUAAAUUGAUCAGAAUUAUUUACUUUGCUUAUAUCAUUGGAAACAUUGUAAGCUAGUCUUGUAAUAUGACAUGUGGGACAGUUGUAAACACUAACUGCUUUAUUUUUUUUAUUGUAAUGUUUCAUGCAUAACUCAAAGGUACAGCAUUAAAAACUGGUAACACUGCAAAUUGUAAGCUUUCCAAACACUGUGGAUUCAGACUUGCAAAAGGUUAUAUAUAGUGUCAAUGUUUGAAACAAUAAAAAGUUUAUCUGGAAAUUUUAUACAAAAACAUAGUAGUCUUUAUUGGCUGGGGAAGGGAAUAGGGAGCAAAACUGAGCAAAUAAUAGAAACCUUAUUGCUUGGCAAAUUAGAUUAAGUAUGUUACUAAAAUACAAAAACUAAUGAUACUGCACUCAAAAAUUCAAGAUAAAGUUCAUUGCUGAAUUUAAU